AUGGCCAACCCUCAUACAGACGCCGUUACGGUGAGUACUCAAAAAGGUUUUUCUCUCCGGGCGAGUGUGGGAGGCAGGUUGGCUUUGUUUCUCGACAUGUUGGGCUUGAUCACCACGGAUGUGUGGGUGUUAAAUACUAUCAGAGGCUUUCGCCUGGAUCUUUUGUCUCCCCCUAUCCAGGUGGACUCACCUCAGGAACUGAGGUUGCCGGAAGAUCAGUCCGGGCUGAUUACCAAGGAGAUCUCGGAACUUCUGGCCAAAUGGGCAAUACAAGAAGUCCCGUACGAUCAUCCGGGAUUUCUAAGCAACCUGUUCCUCAUCGCCAAGAAAGGCGGAGGUGUUCGGCCGGUGAUCAAUCUCAAGCGACUCAACAGAUUCCUUCGUUACCAUCACUUCAAGAUGGAGGGCAUACAUUGCCUCAGAGAUCUGCUUCGGCAAGGGGAUUGGAUGGUCAAGCUAGACCUCAAGGACGCAUACCUGACUAUACCUAUGGCAGAGGUACACUGGGACUUAUUGCACUUUACGUGGCAAGGACGUCGGUGGAGGUUUACCUGUCUGCCCUUCGGUCUCUCUUCAGCACCUUGGUGCUUCACGAAGGUGAUGAAGCCGGUGGUGGCGUUCCUCAGGUCGCGGGGCGUACGCAUGAUUAUCUAUCUGGACGACAUACUGAUUAUGUCCGCGUCCCCCGAUCAACUUCUACCACACCUGAGCUGGACGGUGAAUCUUCUGGAGAGCUUAGGUUUUUCUCAUAAAUUGGGAAAAGUCCAUGGUGACCCCAUCGCAGAAAAUAGAAUUUCUGGGUUUCGAAGUCGAUUCGGUCGCCCAGUUUCUGUUCCUUCAAGAGACCAAGCUAAAGGCUAUGAAGAAAGAAAUAAGACGUACUCUACGGACCAUCAGUCUCUCCGUACGACAAUUGGCGAGGGUCAUUGGUCUUUUGGCCUCCUCCAUUCAGGCAAUAUUACCUUCACUCGGGCAGUUCGUACGAAAGCGAACUAUGCCUGGACAGAGACUCCAAGGAGGAACUUCGAUGGUGGUUGGAUCAUAUGGAGGCAUGGAAUGGUCGAGCAAUCUUCGGCACCGCCCUGGACAUGGUGAUAGAAUCGGAUGCCAGCCUGCAUGGCUGGGGCGCUCGCUGUGGAGAUGUCUCCGCAGGUGGUCCGAAAUCGAAUCAAAGCUACACAUCAACUGUCUGGAAUUGCUGGCGGGAUCAUUCGCUAUUCGCAGCCUGUCUCCAACCCUGGGAAACUGCUGCGUCCUUCUGCGUAUGGACAAUGUGUCCGCGGUCAGAUAUAUAAAUCACCUAGGUGGCACGAAGUCAAAACAACUGGUGAAUCUAGCGAAGGAUUUCUGGCAGUUCUGCCUCCACAGCGCGGUGUCGGUCAUGGCCGAACACAUCCCGGGUUUGGACAACGAAUGGGCGGACUGGAAUUCGCGAUACUUGAAAGACUCAGGAGAUUGGCAUCUGUUACCUUCGAUCUUCCGACAGAUCGACUAUGGCGCCCGUUACAACUGGACUCGUUCGUAUCCAGACUGAACGCUCAACUACCCCAGUACUUCAGUUGGAGACCGGAUCCAUCAGCCACGGCGGUGGACGCGUUCCUGCAGAUAUGGCCUCGGGGUCGUCACUUUGCAUUUACCCCUUUCAACCUGAUCUCUCGGACGCUGGCAUACUUGUCCGGACAAGAAUGCACGUUGGUGGUGAUAGUUCCCCUAUGGCAGACUCAGCCUUGGUUUCCACGUCUUUUGGAGAUGGCGGCGGAGUGCCCACGGAUGAUCAGGAUGCGAUCAGAGGUGCUUCUGGAUCCGGAUGGGAACUUGCACGACUUAGUGGACCAGAACCUGCUCCAGCUCACGGCUUGGUUGAUUUCCGGGGACCCUGGUGUGUCUCGGACGUUCCGCAGCCUACUACAAGACUCCUGGAGAAUGCCUGGGCACUGGGGACCAGAACAGCUUACAAGGCUGCAUGGCGUGUGUGGUCUGGCUGGUGCAUGGGCAGACUGCUGUAUCCCCUUUCUGCCCCUCUGAAGGAGGUGCUCAGUUUUCUGACCACGCGUUUUGAAUCUGGUUUGGCCUAUCGCACUAUCAACGUUUAUAGAUCGUCCAUUUCAGCCGGACAUAUAGGUAUUGACGGAUCACCGAUUGGACAACAUCUUUUUGUGUGCCGUUUGUUGAAGGGUAUUCGUUACUCUAGGCCUCCGAAAUCCAGAUAUUCAUCGUUUUGGGAUGUUAACGUGGUGCUGGACUUCUUGGAAUCAUGGUCUCCUAAUGAGGACCUGUCACUGAAGCAAUUAUCCUGGAAAUUGGUUAUGUUCCUGUGUCUCCUUUCAUGCAAAAGGGUUUCAGAUGUCAGGGCUUUGGACUGGAACGCAUUAUCCUUCACCCCCGAGGGAGUGUCGUUUAACAUCUCUAGGAGGACGAAGACGUCUUCUAAGUCAGUGACCUACCCUAGGUGUUCAGUCCGACCUGCUCUGUGUCCGGUAACUUGCCUACAAGUGUACUUGGAUCGCACUCACCUAUUGAGGUCAUCAGAUUUAUCCCAAUUGUUUAUUUCAUUUAAGAAACCGUUUCUCCCGAUCUCCUCGACUACGUUAGCUCGUUGGAUUAAGAACCUUCUAUCCGCUGCAGGAAUUGACACUUCAAUAUUUUCGGUCAGAGGCGCCAUGACGUCUAAAGCCUCCACGAUGGGAUGUCGUAUGGAUGAUAUCCUGAAGGCAGCGGAUUGGUCUAGAGAAUCUACGUUCCGCAAUUUUUAUUUCCGCCUGAUUGACCAUGUUUCCUCGUUAGUUAUGGCUCAGCUUUAAACUAGCAUAAUAGGAGCCUCCGUGCCAUUAAUAAAAUUCCCAGAUUUUACUAAUAACAUGACGUAAAGUCAUGAUUUUAUUAAUGACACGGAGGCGAGUAUUAUUCCCACCCUCCCACCCAGUGGGUAUGGUUUGGGUUUAUACUUAUGGUUCAAUCGGGUGGGGGCUCUUUUACCUCAAGGUAAGUGUUCACAGUUUUCUCUGACUUAUUUGGAUCUAUGUACUUAUGUGGUUCCGAUUUGACGUUUUUUAGUCCUGCAGGCCAGAUUGUCAUGAAAUGUUACAUGCAGGUCCGGAGUUUGGAUUUUACCUACCUUUUCUCUGUUUUACAGCUUGAUUUCGUUAAGAUGACGUCUAUCUUGUUGGAGAUUGUUCUUUCCUGAUGUGGAAGUUUGGUUUGGGUCUUCGGUUCAGAAGGCAAAGAAGAGGAAGUGGAAGUACUAAGCAAGGCAUUUAUGGACUGUUCCUACUAAGCUGAUUGGCUGCCCUGUUACUAGGCAGAUCUGGUUGUACCUGUUAUUAUUAUUGCAUAUCUACAUUUUUUUUCUCUUUGCUGCUGAGGAAUAAAGUAAGAAAGAGCAUAAUACUCGCCUCCGUGUCAUUAAUAAAAUCAUGACUUUACGUCAUGUUAUUAGUAAAAUCUGGGAAUUCUGUAGCGCUUUACAAUAUUAUGAGAGGGGGGGAAUUAACUAUAAAUAGGACAAUUACAAGAAAACUUACAGGAACGAUAGGUUGAAGAGGACCCUGCUAAAACGAAUUUACAGUCUAUAGGAGGUGGGGUAUAAGACACAUCAGGACAGGAAAUAAGGUAGGAGUAAAGGAGAGACAGGUAUGUGAGGUAGAGGUUAGUCUGGGAGGCCAUAAGCUUUCCUGAAGAGAUGGGUUUUAAGGCACCUUUUAAACGAUUGAAGACCAGGGGAGAGUCUGAUGGCGUUAGGCAGGCUAUUCCAUAGGAAGGGAGCCGCCCGCGAGAAGACCUGCAAGCGUGAGUUGGCCGUACGGGUGCGAGCAGCGGACAGGAGAAGGUCACAGGCAGAGCGGAGAGACCGAGAAGGGACAUACCUAUGUAUGUGUGAGGAUAUAUAAGAGGGGCUAGAGUUGUUCAGUGCUUUAUAGGUGUGAAUUAGUACCUUGAAUUGACUCCUAUAGCAUACAGGAAGCCAAUGUAAGGACUGGCAGAGGGGUGAGGUAUAAUAGGAGUGACUAGGAAGGAAAAUCAGUCUGGCGGCAGCAUUCAUUACAGACUGUAGCGGGGCAAUACGGCUUUUUGGGGAGACCUAUUAAGAGAGAGUUACAAUAAUCCAUGCAGGAAAGAAAGGGGCGGAUGUGGGAUAUGUUUUUAAGGUGGAAUCUACAGGAUUUGGUAACAGACUGGGUGUGAGACUCAAAGGUGAGGUCAGAAUCAAGUAUGACACCAAGGAUGCAAGGAUGGACUUAUGUGGGUACCACUAACUUGAAGAGAGAGGAGGAUCAGUAUUACGAGGAGGAAAGACGAGCUCAGUUCUAGAGAGAUUGACUUUCAGAAAGCGGGAGGACAUCCAGUCAGAGAUGGAAGAAAGGCUCACAUCAUUCAUUACACCCCCGCAGCACAUCUCACUUCAUUCAUUACACCUGCAGCAAAUCAUUCAUUACACCCCGCAGCACAUCUCACAUCAUUCAUUCUAUUAACCCCUCGCUGAAAUGGGGAGGCAUUUCAUUAUAAUUCGUUGAAUAAGUCUUUUAUAUAUAGAUAUUUCUUCUUGGGUCACAGGCUUGCAACAUUAAUAUGCGUCUAUAUUAAUGAAAAAGUACUAAUAUGCAAUUAUUGAUGUUCUUUAUAAAAAAUAUGCAUUUAUUCUACUUCAAUAGCAAACAAUCUAUAGCCUUUGGCUGCUCACUGUAAAAAAACAAACAAACAAAAAACGUGUCCACCCCUCCCGAGUGGGGGCUUUUAAACUGAAGGGGGCACCUAUUGUCCCCCCCCUGUCCCCACCCCUGAGCGGCGGGUGGGGGCCCUAAAGUAAAAUAAGUAAAAAACAGAGUUGGGGAGAAGAAGCAGAGCCAGAGAAAGAAACACUGAAAGAGCGCUGAGAGAGGUAGGAGGAGCACCAGGAGAGAACAAUAUCUUGUAGACCGAUAUUGCGGAGGAUGAGAAGAAGCUGUUGAUGAUCAACGGUGUCAAAAGCCGCAGACAGGUCAAGGAGAAUUAGGAUAGAAUAGUGACCACGAGAUUUUGCAGCGGGUAGAUCAUUGGAUACUUUGGUCAGUGCCGUUUCCACAGAGUGCUUAGCGCGCAAACCAGACUGAAGCAAGUCUAAGAGAGUUGGACUCGAAGUCUGUCAAUCUUGCAUACACAAUUCUUUCAAGGAUGCAGUAGUGAGAUAGGACGGUAGUUGGACGGGUAUUUAGGGUCAAGGUUGGGCUUUUUUAGAAUUGGGGUUAUAGUUGCAUGUUUGAAGGGUGAUGAAAAUAAGCCAGAGGAGAGAGAGAGAUUGAGAAUUUGGAGAGGUGGAGAAAGAGAAGAAGACAGAGUACAGAUGAGAUGCGAGGGAAUUGGAUCUAGCAGGUGGUGGGGCGGGAGGACUGGGCAGAGCAGAAACCUCUGUAGCUGGUACGAAUGAACAUAGAACAGCAGAGGGAGUGAGGUUAGGGGAAGUAUUGUAAGGGGAAGAAGAAAUAUGGGAGAUCUCUUCCCUGAUUGUAGAGAUCUUGUCAGUGAAAUUCAAUGUAAAAUUAGCCAAACAUCCCCAUAAGCCAAGUUUUGACCACUUUGGCCUUAAAUGCGAGAUCCACUUUGAAUUCUCACUUUAGUAAAAUAUCCACAAUUAAUGUAUAUUUACAUUGCGUAAAUUCAGUUUCUGGACAUGAAGCAGAUUGGAGAUGAUUCUCAGGAUAUAGAGAGUAAAACACAGCUCUCGCUAUCAGACAGAGUAAAACUCGGCUCUCUCUAUCAGACGGAGUAAAACACAGCUCUAUCAGACGGACUGGUGGAGAUUCUCAGGAUACAGAGAGUAAAACUCGGCUCUCUAUCAGACGGAGUAAAACACAGCUCUCUCUAUCAGACAGAGUAAAACUCAGCUCUCUCUAUCAGACAGAGUAAAACUCGGCUCUCUCUAUCAGACGGAGUAAAACACAGCUCUCUAUCAGACGGAGUAAAACACAGCUCUCUAUCAGACGGAGUAAAAUUCAGCUCUCUCUAUCAGACGGACUGGUGGAGAUUCUCAAGAUACAGAGAGUAAAACUCGGCUCUCUAUCAGACGGAGUAAAACUCGUCUCUCUCUAUCAGACGGAGUAAAACACAGCUCUCUAUCAGACGGAGUAAAACACAGCUCUCUCUAUCAGACGGAGUAAAACUCAGCUCUCUCUAUCAGACGGAGUAAAACACAGCUCUCUCUAUCAGACGGAGUAAAACACAGCUCUCUCUAUCAGACGGAGUAAAACUCGGCUCUCUAUCAGACAGAGUAAAACUCGGCUCUCUAUCAGACGGAGUAAAACACAGCUCUCUCUAUCAGACGGAGUAAAACACAGCUCUCUAUCAGACGGAGUAAAACUCAGCUCUCUAUCAGACGGAGUAAAACUCAGCUCUCUAUCAGACGGAGUAAAACUCAGCUCUCUAUCAGACGGAGUAAAACUCAGCUCUCUCUAUCAGACGGAGUAAAACACAGCUCUCUCUAUCAGACGGAGUAAAACUCAGCUCUCUCUAUCAGACGGAGUAAAACUCGGCUCUCUAUCAGACGGAGUAAAACACAGCUCUCUCUAUCAGACGGAGUAAAACACAGCUCUCUCUAUCAGACGGAGUAAAACUCAGCUCUCUCUAUCAGACGGAGUAAAACACAGCUCUCUCUAUCAGACGGAGUAAAACUCAGCUCUCUAUCAGACGGAGUAAAACUCAGCUCUCUCUAUCAGACAGAGUAAAACACAGCUCUCUCUAUCAGACAGAGUAAAACUCAGCUCUCUCUAUCAGACGGAGUAAAACUCAGCUCUCUAUCAGACGGAGUAAAACCCAGCUCUCUCUAUCAGACGGAGUAAAACUCAGCUCUCUCUAUCAGACGGAGUAAAACACAGCUCUCUCUAUCAGACGGAGUAAAACACAGCUCUCUCUAUCAGACGGAGUAAAACUCAGCUCUCUCUUUCAGACGGAGUAAAACUCAGCUCUCUAUCAGACGGAGUAAAACUCAGCUCUCUCUAUCAGACGGAGUAAAACACAGCUCUCUCUAUCAGACGGAGUAAAACACAGCUCUCUCUAUCAGACGGAGUAAAACUCAGCUCUCUCUAUCAGACGGAGUAAAACUCAGCUCUCUAUCAGACGGAGUAAAACUCGGCUCUCUAUCAGACGGAGUAAAACACAGCUCUCUCUAUCAGACGGAGUAAAACUCAGCUCUCUAUCAGACGGAGUAAAACUCAGCUCUCUAUCAGACGGAGUAAAACUCAGCUCUCUCUAUCAGACAGAGUAAAACUCGGCUCUCUCUAUCAGACAGAGUAAAACACAGCUCUCUCUAUCAGACAGAGUAAAACUCGGCUCUCUAUCAGACGGAGUAAAACUCGGCUCUCUAUCAGACGGAGUAAAACUCAGCUCUCUCUAUCAGACGGAGUAAAACUCAGCUCUCUCUAUCAGACGGAGUAAAACUCAGCUCUCUAUCAGACAGAGUAAAACUCAGCUCUCUCUAUCAGACAGAGUAAAACUCGGCUCUCUCUAUCAGACAGAGUAAAACACAGCUCUCUCUAUCAGACGGAGUAAAACACAGCUCUCUCUAUCAGACAGAGUAAAACUCGGCUCUCUCUAUCAGACAGAGUAAAACACAGCUCUCUCUAUCAGACAGAGUAAAACUCGGCUCUCUAUCAGACGGAGUAAAACUCGGCUCUCUAUCAGACGGAGUAAAACUCAGCUCUCUCUAUCAGACGGAGUAAAACUCAGCUCUCUCUAUCAGACGGAGUAAAACACAGCUCUCUCUAUCAGACGGAGUAAAACACAGCUCUCUCUAUCAGACAGAGUAAAACUCAGCUCUCUCUAUCAGACGGAUUGGAGUAGCGCGGCAUUUGCUGCACAUGCGCACUAACAGCUCUUAGCCUUAAAUGAACACUUCAAGCACCAUUUGUAUUACAGUGUUCUGUAGUGGUUAUGGUUCCAGGAGUACGCCACUCCCCCAAAGUAGUCAAACCACAGGCAAAUUAAUCCCAUCAGUUGAUCGCUCUCAGCCGAUAAGUUGGAUAAUUUCCACCGAUUCCGUAUCCUUUCCUCCAGUUCUGGAUUCUUUGACCUGGUUCUGGAUCCUUGCUUGUAAUUAUCUCCCUGGACGGGCUGAGGUGAAUGAAGCUGCUGAACUUGUUAUUCCGGUAGCCAACAGUGAAUGUAAUCGGCCAGCGUUGCUAUAUCUGAUUAAUAUAAAACCUCAAUCAGCAAAUAUCGCGUCACGGUGACUUAGAUAGAGCGCAGACACGGUAUCACGGCUUCACCUACCCCUAUACCAUAUAUUCGCUUAGGGGAAGCGCCUAAUGCAGACUAUCAAGGUGUAAUACAGGGCAGGUACUAGUCAAACUGACCCCUGGACAUCCUCUCCUACCUACAGUCAGUAUAUUAUACAGACAUUGUAGGGAGGGGGCAAAUCUUCCAUUCUGACACUCUGCGCCUAUGGCCAAAAUAACCGUUAGCAAGAGAAAACCAUGUGUCGGAAUGUCAGGUCAAUAACAGAUCUGUCCAACUUGCAGGAAAUAAAACCAAAACUAUUUACAUCACAUCUCACUGAGGAACAUGGAAAGGGAAAUUACAUUCCAAGAUACACAGCCAUACUGGACAGAUUCUUAGGGUGAAUACGGCAGGUUCUCAGCAUGAAUGGGGCAGAUUCUCAGGGUGAAUCCCGAGCGAAUUCUUUGAGUAGAUAGGGCAGAUUCUCAGGGUGAAUCAGGCAGAGUCUUUGAGUAGAUGGGGCAGAUUCUCAGGGUGAAUGGGGCAGAUUCUUUGUGUAGAUGGGGCAGAUUCUGAGGGUGAAUGGGGCAGAUUCUUUGAGUAGAUAGGGCAGAUUCUCAGGGUGAAUCAGGCAGAGUCUUUGAGUAGAUGGGGCAGAUUCUCAGGGUGAAUGGGGCAGAUUCUUUGUGUAGAUGGGGCAGAUUCUGAGGGUGAAUGGGGCAGAUUCUUUGAGUAGAUACGGCAGAUUCUCAGUGUGAAUGGGGCAGAUUCUUAGGAUGAAUCAGGCAGAUUCUUUGAGUAGAUGGGGCAGAUUCUCAGGGUGAAUGGGGCAGAUUCUCAGUGUGGGGGCGGGGCUACGUGGUACGUGCUUUGAGGGCACCCUGCUGAUUAGAGGAUUGCCUGGUAGCCCCUCCCAGGGGCGGGCACCAUCGCUUGCCCCGCCCCAGGAUUGCCAAGCCGACUGAGCAGUUUGGUUUAUCGCGCUAUCCGUACCCGUCACCAUGGAAACCAAAACAAACCGGAAACGGCUCAACUGUCAGAGCGCACACUGUGGUAAGUGAGUGCAGGGUAACUGGGGGGUAACAAGGGGUGAGAGGUAAGGGUGAGCGGGGGGAGUACCAGGAGUUGUAGGGGGCUACUGGUGUUUACUGUGGGGUGUACGGGGUACCACAGGGGUAAGGUAGAGGGAGGGAGCUACUGGAGGAAUGGGGGGAAUGGGGAGGGAGGGCUACUGGGAGGAGGGAGAGGAGGGAGCUACUGGGGGGGGAAUGGGAGGGCACAGGAGUGGGGGGCUACUAGGGGUGAAUGUGAGUGGAGAGAGGGUGAAAAUGGGGAGGGCUACUAGGGUGAAUAGGGAGUGGGGAGAGGGGGUGCCAGAUGGGAGGGAGCUACUGGGAGUGGGGGGAGCUACUAGGGGUGAAUGUGAGUGGAGGGGUGGGCUGGGAGGGCUACUAGGAGUGAAUGGGAGUGGAGAGAGGGGUGAAUAAGGGGGGUGUACUGGGAGUGGAGGGGUGAAUGGGAGGGAGGCUACUGGGAGUGGAGGGGGGUUACUAGGGGAGUAAUGGGAGUAGAGGGGGUGAAUGGGAGUGGGGGGGCUACUGGGGAUGUAAUGGGAGUGGAGAGGGGGUGAAUGGGCAGGGGGCUACUGGGGGUGUAAUGGGAGUGGAGAGGGGGCUACUGGGGGUGAAUGGCAGUGGAGGAGGGGCUCUUCCACCUGUUGCCUCAGUGUUGCAAGGUAACCACAGACUUUGUUAAACCUCACACUGAGAGGGCACUCCUGACACCAUAACCACCACAGCAGGCUUGGAGUGCUCCUUUAACAGGUGGAACUAAUAUUUUCACCUUACAUCCUCUUACACUAGAUGGCAGUAGAUGUUUCUACAAUAAACUGUAUGGACAAGAUUGACACUGUAAAUUACAUGCAGUUUGCAAUGCUAUACAUUUAUACCUAGAGCUUCCUGCCACUUACAAUAUAUACAGUAUUCACAAUAAAAACAACAAUAAAACAAAUCAGCAGAGCAGUUUGCAGCUAUAUGGAGCCUUUGUUUCUCAUUAAAGUCCUUAUUAAAGAUAUUUUCAUUGGAAUCAAAUUAUCUGAAACUUGAGUCUAUUUUAUCCUAAACUAUUUUGAACCCAAUUGCUUUGGACUCUGCUAUAAUCCACGCUUUACCCUGUAUAAUGACUGCCCUGUAAUCCCUGCUUUACCCUGUAUAAUGACUGCCCUGUACUCCCUGCUUUACCCUGUAUGACUGCUCUGUAAUCCCUGUUUUGCCCUGUAUAAGGACUACUCUGUAAUCCCUGUUUUGCCCUGUAUAUGGACUGCUCUGUAAUCCCUGCCUUGCCCUGUAUAAGGACUGAUCUGUAAUUCCUGCUUUACCAUGUAUAAGGAUUGCUCUGUAAUCCCUGCCUUGCCCUGUAUAAGGACUGCUCUGCAAUUCCUGCUUUGCCCUAUAUAAGGACUGCACUGUAAUACCUGCUUUACCCUGUAUGACUGCUCUGUAAUCCCUGCUUUGACAUGUAUAAGGACUGCUCUGUAAUCCCUGCUUUGACAUGUAUAAGGACUGCUCUGUAAUCCCUGCUUUGACAUGUAUAAGGACUGCUCUGUAAUUCCUGCUUUACCAUGUAUAAGGAUUGCUCUGUAAUCCCUGCCUUGCCCUGUAUACUCUGUAUAAUGACUGCCCUGUAAUCUUUGUAUAUAGAGCCAUACUGGGUUCCAUUGGUUUCCAUGAUCUGUUUGUUAUGCUGUAAAAAUGAUGCCCUAUGGUACACUGUCCUUGGUCUGUCCCAGGACCACUACGCAAGUUCUAAUUUACUGUAAUAUUGUUAUUUACAGAAAGAAAAACUCAGUAUACAGAAGAUGUCAGUUCCAUUCUCAAAUACAAAUCUUCGUAUCCCACGGGGCUUUGCAAAUCUUCUCGAAGGGUUAACCCGUGAGAUUUUAAGAGAGCAGCCAAAAGAUAUCCCUGUGUUUGGCGCCAAGUACUUUGAAACGCUCUUAAAACAAAGACAAGGUAAAGUGACAUAACGUAUACUUUACCAAUGGGACCGAUUCCCAGCACUUCCGUGCUUGAUAAAGACCUAAUUUAAGAUUGUAACGUUGCUGCUGUUACUUCAUUCACUGAACCGUAUCCGUAUAGCUGCCAUCUUAUCUACUUUGAGUGUCUGGAUCUUAUUGCAAUUUUUCAAUUAUUAUUAUUAUUGACAUUAAUAAAGGGCCAACAUAUUCUGCAGCACUGUACAAUUGGGGAGAAACAGUCCUGGCAUAGCCUAGGAAGUAUUGGGGGGGAUUUCUCAAAGAGUUUUCUGUGAAUUUUUUGUUACAUUUAUUAAAUUUGUCAGUUUUUUUUUUUUUUUUUAUCUGUUGCCCUAACCAUUGAUUUUAAGCAUGGUAAAGGGAUAAUUUCAUCAGCGAUCUUGGCCGACUGGCAGACAUUCUAUAUGACUAUCUGUCUGUAUUUGGCAUUCACACCAGUUAACUCACAAUCCUAACUGAAAAUAUAUAUAUUUUAUAUUUUUUUCCCUUUCUUAGAGUCUAACUACGACCCAGCUGAAUGGGGAGCGUCACUAGAUGACAGGUUCUACAACAACCACGCCUUUAAGGCAAGUAAUCACUCCUGGGGUAUCUCCGUAGCCCUUUUCUCAUAGCAGAACAGCAUGUUCUAGACUGCUUAGUCAUAUUCAUAUUGUGGACACAGAAUGUUCUAGGCUGCUUAGUCAUAUUCAUGGUGGGAACACAGCAUGUUCUAGGCUGCUUAGUUGUAUUCAUAGUGUGGACACAGCCCAUGUUCUAGGCUUCUUGGUCAUAUUCAGAUCCUAAAAAGACAGGAUGGUUCCCACUCUCCUCGUUACCCCAUGUGGCGAACAUAACCCCGCCACGGGCUCCUGGAGGAGUCUGUUUGCCAGCCUCCUGCCUCAGGACUAUCGGCUCUGCAAAAUACACUUUAAAAGGCUCUGUUCAUGUGACUUGGGAUUAUAUUGUUCGGGAACCGAACAACCGCAUGAACCAGAGACCACCCGUGUGCUUGUUAAGCCCAAUUGACACCUUGUAACGAGUUCCACCGCAGUGUUCUAAUUGUUCGUCUGGGUGGCUGCAAUUCGUAUGAACGGCCACAAGGUGGCGACCAUCUUGUUCACAUGAACGCAGGCAGCGGUGUUUGGUGUUUGAGUUCAUGGAACUGAAAUCGGACACUGAAACUCCCGAACAUCGCUGGACUUCCAUCAUCGUCUGCGUUCAGUUGUUUACAACUUAGAAGGGCACUGUUCAGUGGAAUCGUUCCCAAGAACAAGGUGAACAAGCUACACAUGUUAAUUAUGGAUUCAGUUCAGUUUUUUAUGCACUUUUAUACUCCCGAAAAAGACCAACCAUUAGCCCUGAUUUCAUGGAACUGUUUUGGGCAUAGGACCAUGGGUGCGGUUGGUCAAAUAAUUUACUUCCGUGGAAAAACUGAACCGAUCUGGGUGAUUUUUGGAUAUGUUGGUCACCCAGAUCGGGGCUAUCCGAGAAUGUUGGUGGGGUUUCUAUGGAUUUUGGGGGUACUUUUGGGAUGUUUAUAAAUUGUAUGUUUUUUAUACCUGAGAGAUAAUUUAAUUAUACAUUUGCUUCUCAGAUAAUUAUCUCUCAGGCACAAAUGAUCAUGGGAGGGAUUUCCCUGUAUUCUUGUAUUGGAAACCCCUUGCAGGGGCUUUUGCAUAAAAGGCAGUGUGUGUGGCCUCCAAUCAACCAGUUCACCCCCGCAUUCAGUCUCGACUAAUGUCUGUGGGGGAAAGCUAUACUUGCUAUACUGCUCUUUGUAUUGCUAUACAGCUAUACUCUCUUGGAGGAGAGGUCUUCCCACUGGGAGCUGGAUUCAGGUGUUGGUCCAUGGUGGGAAGGGACAGCGAGACCCUAGCCAAGCUGCAGCAGCUAAGGGGACUACGGUGCUUAUAGUACUGGGUGGUACUAGGAAGCAGCGAUUGGUGGAGAUACGCCACACCCCGUAUACUGUUACCCCCAUAUAUUCCCAAACUCCCCGUUACUCCAUAUAUUCCCAUUCUACUUGUCACCCUGUAUACUGUAGCCCCAUAUUUUACCACUCUCCUUGUUACCCCAUUUACUGUUACCCCAUAUAUACUCACUUUCCUUGUUGCCUCUCAUACUGUUACCCCAUUUAAACCUACUCUCCUUGUUACCCCACAUAUACCCACUUUCCUUGUAAACCUCUAUUCUGUUACCCCAUAUACACCCACUUUCCUUGUUGCCCUCUAUUGUGUUACCCCAUAUAUACCCACUCUCCUUGCCGUCCCACAUACAUACUGUCAUUUUUCCCUUUAUCUGCAGCGUGGUUCCCAUUUCCUAUAAGGACAAACUACAAGCUGCAUAUUACUUGUUGUCUGAGUGAGAACAUUUACACUACAUUAUAACCUUUUCCUUAAUUGACUGUCUCAUUUAGAAGAUGCUGCAUUUUGCAGAAAAUGAUCUAUUGUGUAUCUCGCCGUGAUAAUGUUUUGUGUGAUUUUUAGCAUCCUGAGUUAAAUACCGUGACUUCGUCCUCUGAAGGAGUAAGGAAUGGCGCAAGCUAUGGGAUCCCUGUCCCGGCAAGCCCACGAGAUACUGAUCUCUCCUUUGAAUCAUUGGAUAUAGAACAAAAGGUACUACUUUCCCAAACAGCCAUCUUUAAUGCUCAGAUAUUACAGCAACUGUUGGGCUAUUGAAAGUUUUCCAUUUUGUUUUUAGUAAAACGAUGCAAUUCUGUUUUGACGUGCUGCUCUGAGUAUGGUUUAUAUUGCUCUCAUUUUAGCAUGUAUUAAAAUACCCACGGAAUGGUGGAACAUUUAAAAAAAGAUUUAAUUCAAAAUAUUAAUCUCGAUAUUUUACACAUUAUACCAAUGUGUCAUAUCUUUUGCAGUAACAAUAUGAAUGAACUGCUAAAUGUUCCAGUUUCGUGUCUCCUGCUCCACAUCUGUGCACAUCAAUACCACAAUUUGUGUCCAGUAAACCGCAGGUUCACCACCCGGUGCAAUAGUAAUGCAAAAUGUUAUAGGAAUAAAUAUAAUUGUACAUAUACCCUCAAAGAAAAUGUGUAUGUAUUUAGUUUUGUAUAUUUUCAAUGGGAGUAUAUUAAAUUUUGGCUUGUAAUGGUUACAGAUCUAGUACCUGCAGCUACUGUCAAGCCCUCCCUUUUUAACACUGCCCAGACUUUCUGAGGCUGGCCAAUCACAGACUUCCCAAUACAGAUCAAUGAGAAGUCUUUGCAAAGCAAGUGCCCUGGACAAUUUUUUAUCUCCACUGAGCUCACCAAAGCAUGAAGUAACCGGACCUGCAGUGUAACAAGGCUCCUUUUUAAAAGUACCAUUUUCUGUUAAAAUUGGCAUAUUAAUGAAAUGGAAAAAGAGGGAACACUCUUUACACAUAAAGAAUUAGAAGCUUGUUACUGCUGUAGAAUAGAGAAAACCUCAAUGAACAUAAAAAAUACAGUUCUCAAAACAUAUACGUUUAGUGCAUUUUAAAUUCAUGGAGCUCUGCAGAGUACCAAUAAUAAAUAUAUAUAUUUUAGUUAAUACUUAUUUUCUUUUAUUUGGAGACAUCUGGAGAGAUCAAUAGAAAUUAUCUGUAAUGGGAUAAUUACAUCUGUAGAGUACAGCACUUACAGCAAUAGGUGGGUGUAGGUAGUUCCAGCAGUAGUAUAAAGGGACACUAUAGUCACCCAGACCACUUCAACUCAAUGAAGUGGUCUGGGUGCCAGGUCCCUCUAGGGUUAAACACCAAAAGACGAAAAAGAUUUCAGAUCUAAUGGGUGUUACCACCCCUUAGUUCUUCUAUCUUUAUGAGUGCAGCGCUGUGUAGUAUGUGAAAACACAGUGAGUUACCUGUGAUUCAAAGGCAAUUAUCCUUUAUAUUCUCCAAUGUAAUAUAUAUACAAAAGAAAACAGAAAUAUAUACAGAUAAUUGUGCAGUAUAUCUAUUACUUUAGUGAAGUGUUUAGUGGGUAACAUAUAUAUCUCCACUCACAUUUUUUAGAGCCUUUUCAAGUGAAUUAGGCUCUAAACUUUCGUGCAUCUGUGUCUUUAAGGGUAGAUCACACGACCCCUCUCUCCAGGUUAAGUGUGUAUUUUUUCUCUCCCCAGCGUAUAUAUGAAAGACACAGAAUUAUCCAACUAAGUGUAGCAUCCUCUGCAAUAUUUUCAUAUAAAUAACAAAUUGAAGUGCUCACCUUAUUUAGAGCCUUUUGGUAACUGGCUCUAAGUAUAUAGGCCUAGUGUCAGUUUGUGGGGUGACACUGCCCCUUCCCUGGAAUCACUGGUGCUGGAUACAGUGGAUAGUAUAAAAUAAGGGAAUUUAUUACAAUAUAUAUAAAAACAGUAUAAAAAUAUUUUUCUAGAAAAUAAAAAAUUGGAUAAGAACAAAUUAUUUUCCUGAACCACCAAUACUUACAAUAAUUUGUUCUUAUCCAAUUUUUUAUUUUCUAGAAAAAUAUUUUUAUACUAAAUAUAUGUUUACAAAAAGUUUUAUACAGCAUGCAUUACUGUACUAUAUGAAAUAUAUAGAAAGGUGGUGCAGUGGGACAGCAUCUGAGCACCAUGUAAAUUAUGUACCAUCUUCCUUUUAAUUUCUUUAAUAUAUAGGGCACAACGAAAGGGACAUUCAUUUAUACUUCAGCUAAUUGCUUAACGUUUAAUUAGUGUUCUUACUGUUCUCAUGCCAACGGCCCUUGAUGAGUUUUAUUGGUGUAACUGUCCACUGUAUGAAGGUGGCAUGGGAAAAUCUGGUUAUUAGUGGCUACCAAGUAUGGCCAUGCUUGUUGGCACAGAGAGCUUCAUUGUUCAGCUGGUCCUGCUCGGUAAAUAAAAUCCCGUGCAUUUUACACUUUAACACACUGCAGUUCUUGGUAUAAUGCAUAGAGACGACCUAUGUGUGUUCUGUAUGUAUUACCACCAGCUUUACUUCUUAAAUCAGGGAUUAUCACAGCUCUUCGUACAAAUGUCAGCAAAAUUCAAAUCUCAAUUCUGUGUAAGAAUUAUAGGUAAUAGGAAACUAACAUGUUUCUGUUAUAUGUGUAAUAUAUAUAUGUAUGUAUAUAUAUAGUUAAUACAAUGUUAAACAAAAAUCUGCACACCAGUCAAGCCAUAAGACUUGCUUUUCCCACAUAUUCCCAUAUAUAUAUAUAUAUAUAUAUAUAUAUAUAUAUAUAUAUAUAAUUACUGUAUUUUUGUAAAUAGUGUAAAACACUAAUAAAUGACCUUUUCACACUUUCUAACUACAGGAUGAGAGUGGGAGUGAUUUAACACAGGAGAUGGCGGCCACAGUAAUUCAGGCUGCAUACAGAGGCUAUCUAGCUAGAGACGAAAUUAAGAAGCUGAAGGAAUCUGCUGAUCAGAAGUAAAUUCAGCUAAAUUAUUUUACCACUAGACGACUGCAAGGCAGAGGCAGCUGGUGUUUAUUCACCUAAUAUCCACUCUCCUAAUUACUGCGUCCCUGUGUGUACUGAAUAAACCAGGCCUAGUGACUGUUAUAUGUACUCCAUACUGCGCUUAUUCCUUGCACUGUAACUCCCUCUGGCGUAUCAAUUUGCAAUGGAAGCUCUCCCUUCCCCCUGGCAGGUCCCCCCAGAGUUCCAAGCGGCCCCCUGGCGUGUCCCCCCCCCACCCCAGAUUUCCCAGCGGAAGCUCCCCUUCCCCUAGGCGUGUCCCAGAUUUGCAGUGGGCUCCCUUCCCCUGGCAUGUCCGUCCCAUUCCCAGCAGAGCUCCCUUCCCUGGCAUGUCCCCCUCCCAGGUUCCCAGGGCUCCCUUCCCAGUGUCCACCCCUCCCCCAAGCGUUCCCAGAGGAGGCCCAAUACCCUGGCGUGUCCCCACCUCCCCAGAGUUCCUAGCGGAAGCUCCCCUUCCCCCAGGCAUGUCCCCCCAGAGCUCCCAGUGGAGGCUCCCCCUCCUCUUGCGUGUUUCAUGUCCUUGCAGUGCGUGUCCUCACAAAGCAUUUUUCUUAUCUUUCCAAAGCAUAUUCCAGCUCCUUGCAUGUCCUUAGAACACUUUCCAUGUCUUUCUUUCUGUCUAUUGUCACAUAAGGCUUUAGAAGGAACAUAACUCUCAGGUUAUUCACUAUAGUGAGAAUUCAAAGUGAAUUUAACAAUUUAGGCCAAAUUAGCCAAACUGGAAUUAUAUCUAACUUUCUGAUCAUUUUUCCAAUUUAGCUAUUUUGGCCUUAAAUUUCAAAUUGUCUUUGAAUUCUCAUUUCACUGAAUAUCCCUUUAGUUCCAUCUCCUCAUUCAUUAGAUUGCUGGCCAUACAUAGUUAUGUCUAAAGUGGCUCAUGUUUAUUGCUUUCCAAAGUAAAUGAAUUCCUUCAAUCACAGAGCACAAUACUAUACAUUGUCAAUAAUUGUCUUGUUUUUUCAUUUCCCUGAAAUCCAGUCUUGGAUACUCAGAGUCAGAGUCUGUAUCCCAAGAUCAUCAAAAAAGUUCUCCCAUUCCUGACCCGACAGAAGGAGCUGCCCUUUCAAGCCAAGAAGAAGAAAGCAUUUUAUCAAAAGCACCUAUUGAGCCAGAAAGCACAGACACCUCCGUUGAUGUUCACAGUGAGAUGUUAACAGACCUGGCAGGUGAGACAAAACAAGAUGAAAUUCGGGGGAGUGAAAGAGAACAUGAAGACCAAAGCGGUGUUGAGGAAAGUAGUGGAAUUCAGGCCGACAUUAACCAAGUGGAAGAUUUGCAACUACUGGAAAUUCUGGAUGCUGCUUUGGAAGAAGCUGGCGGUAAUCAAGAAACAACAAUAAGGGCUAAUUCACUAGAAACAGAGCAACAUGCACUCACAAGCGAGGAGGUAACAGAGGACCUUACCACGGGGCAGUACGAGGCUCAUCUGGCAGAAACUGUUACAGACGAUUCUCAAACACUUCAUGAUGAUUCAACACCGCAAACGUCUGCGGUGGACAGGAGCAGCGAAAUGAAUGAGAAUAUUGUUAAAUCCGAAAGCACAGAAGACAAUUUUAACAACAAGCCCUCAGAUUCUAUGGAUGUGUCUGCCACGGAAGAGGUAAUUUUACAAUUCAAUUAAUGUGGUGUAUUUUUUAUUUUUUGGGGGGUGAUAUAUUCACUAAGCAGUUUGUUGACAACUGAUUUGUAAAACUGGGUCCUAAAUGAAGUUGUAGAGAAAUCUUCUGCUCAGACAAGUUAGAGAUUUACUCCAAUUUGUCUAUUUUGGCCUAACUUUGAGUUUCAGCUUCCCAGUGCUCCACAGCCAAAUCAUUUUUUUUACUAAGAUUUGUGCUUGAUUGGACCACAAAAAAACCACAAAAAAAAGGUUAACAUAUGACAUAACACAAAAUCAAAACAUAAUUUAGACACAGCCAUAACUUUUAUAAUGGUACACUAAGCAGAAGGCAAUAAUUAGUUACAAUUACUAAUAUUAAUUUAGUGCCAUCUAAAUAACUCAAGUGGUCGCGUUGUUUAGAGAUACCCCAAUUCUUACUAACAACCUCAUUUGCUCCAUAUACUAUCUCCUCUUUUCUUGCUAUAGUGCCAGCAUAUUCAGCAGCGUUGUACAACAGGAAACAAGACAAAACAUUUAAAGGAACACUAUAGGGUCAGGAACACAAACAUGUAUUCCUGACCCUAUAGCGUUUAACCCACCAUUUGGGUGGCUCCCCCACUUAAAAGCAAUUAAAACUGACUUUGGCCCCCUUGGUGACAUCAUCAGAACUGCUGAUUUUUACCAAUCCAAUGCUUUCCUUGGAUUAGCUGAUAUCGGCAGGGGGGCACGGUCAAACGCUGUUUUGGCCAAUCAGCACCUCCUCAUAGAGAUGCAUUGAAUCAAAGCAUCUCUAUGAGGAAAAUUCAGCGUCCCCAUGCAGAGCGUGGAGACGCUGAACGGCAGUGCUGCCUACUGCACCUGAAGUGACCACUUGGAGCUGUAGUUGUUCUGGUGACUAUAGUGUCCCUUUAAUUGUAACAAAACAUGUAGCAAAGUGCCCUGCCAAAACUAGCUUAGGUUAGAUACUUGUGCUGAGAGGGGGGUGCUUCAAGUAGUAUAAAGGUGGGUGGGCUAAGCAGCCUGUGUUUCCCCAGAGCAGUUUGUUGCACAAUGAGUUGCUAAGCAAUGUAGAUGAUCUUAAGACCCUAGCCCCAGCCAUAUCCCAUUAUUCAUUGAAACCUUGUAAUGGCAGUAUGUACUGCAUAUUACUGUCUGAAUCUGCCUUCUUUUUGUAAAAUAUCUCCUUUAUUUUCCUGUGCUGCAAACCAUCAAGUUAUAUAACAGCAAUAUGUUCCUUCAAUUCAGUGCCGUGCUUCCUCUUUUAUUAAUUUAAUUGGCAGCAGAGGGAAUUAAGGUGGUGAGAGACACAGCUAAAUUUGGGAAGUGUUACAUGAGUGUGGUGUUAUGAACAUACUGAGAGGAAAAUGCUGACAAGCUGUCACUUACCCUCUGAUACAAGCAGGGAAGGUAAAAUCUAUAUAUUUAUACAUUAUCUGCACAGGCAGAGAAACAGCUUCAUAUUGUAUAUAAGUUAAUUAUCCUCCUGGGAAUCGCCAGUAUUUUUAAUUUAAGAUGAUGUGCCUCGUACAUUAUUACAGCAGAUUCUCUCUAGAUCUAUUGCUGGUCUCUUAGCGUCGCUACCUGUGCCUGGGAUCUGCUUACUGGAAUUCUUAAUGCUUGCUGAUUUGAUUGAACCUUCCAUGGGUGACUUCACCAUUCUGAACAAAAUCUAGAACAUGGAUGCAAACAACGUGCAGUCGGUGAAUUAAAUACUUUUCUCCCCCUGCUUUGGGGAGUUUUAAUACCAGAACAUAAAGAACCAUAUUUAAUGACUUGCACAAAUUCAAAAUGUUUCUAAAAACAAAACUAUGUUUAUUCAUUUCCCCUCCUUUUUUAUUAUAACCACCACUUGUUUUUAAUAAUGAAUGCCCGAGGCGAGCGCUGUUUGCGUUCCCCUGUCUUCCGAAUAUGUUACUGCGAUUGCGCAAUCGAAAUUCCGUUUCUGGUGCGAAUUCCAAUUUAAAUGGUGUGCAUACCUGUCUGACAGAAAGAGUGCUUGUCAUUACAGGAAUACCGGAUCACCAGCCCCCCACACGGUACUGUGGUUUUUACGGUAAAGAAUAGUCUUUUUUUUUAUUUUAUUUUAUUAUGUUUUACAGAUGUCUAGUCCUGUCUCACCAGAUAAACCUCAGUAAAUACUCGAGACUAUCAGACUUGCAAAACUAAGCAUAUAGCUUGUAAUUCAUGGGGAAGGUGAGACUCUACAGAAAAAAGGGAAGGGUUUCACAGUAAAUCCAAGAUUUUCAAGCCUCAUAAAUUGGGAAUGAAAAAUCCCUGAGAAGAAAUGUGCAAGUCGCACAGUUAUCCAAAAAAAAAAAAAAAGUGGCUGGGCUCAAGGAUCCAAUGGACAAGUGAGCAGUGACGUCCUGCAGGAAAAAAAUUCCAAGAAGCAGCUUGCCAAAGUAAAGGCAGCAUUGUGGUUGCAAAUCUUGAUGAUUGUCCCCUAUAAGGAACAGACAAAGAACUGAAUCAUCUCAUGGAAAACUUCAGAAUGGCUAACAAAUUAUGUGACCUGACAGAAGAGGCUCUGAAACUGUCAGCCUGGAUUUUGGGUCUAUCCUCUAUUAAUGAUCUGGCUAAAAUCCUGGAGCUCAGAUACAGCAUCUAAAUCAGCUGUAUGCAAGUUAAUUUUUGAAAGGCACAAGCUGUUUGGUUCUCUGCUGGAAGAACUGAUUAAGCAAAUGUCUGACACAGGAAGAAAGUUCUCCCUCAAGAUAAAAAAAAAACCCCCACCCCCGCACACAAAGAUCAUACCGAUAUAAUGAUCAGUUUCCCAGCUUCUGUAGGCAUCCGCAGGAUACCUGGUCCAAUGAGAAACCGUCUCAUAGCAGGCAAGAUAAAAGGAGAAAAUUAUGACACCACACAAAGAGUGGGAGGAAGAUUACAAGCGUUCAUUCGACAAUGGGAACAGAACACUCAAAACCCUUGGGUGGUGGACACCAUAAGAAAUGGGUCCAGAAUUAAAUUUCUAGUUGUGCCUUCUUCCCAAUUCCUUUGUUCAACUUGCACUUCUCAAAUAAAGAUGGAUGCCCUGUUAAGCGAAUCUCUGGUUCUGUUCCAGAAAGGCAUCAUAGAGAAAGUUCCCAAGAAAGAACAAUUUCAAGGAGUCUAUUCAAGAAGGUGAACGCAUGCAUACAAUACCAGAGAUUUUGAAUGGAGAUUAUCUUUUCUGUUACCCACAAGCUAUACAGAGGGAACUUAAAAGGACGCAUAUGUUCAUGUCCCGAUGGCAUUCAGCUCAAAAAGGUACCUGAGAUUUGCGAUCAAAUCAGAAGAGGUUUUGCACUUCCAAUUCAAAGUUCUCCCUUUCGAUAUUUCCACUGCUUUAAAAAUAGAAAAGACCAUUUUAAUCAUCCUUUUAUUUAGAUGAAUGGUUCCUAAAGCCCAAUUCGAGGCUGAAAAGAAACACCCAAGUCACACUCCAAACCUUGCAAGAACAUGGAUGGCUGGUAAAUUGGGGAAAAAAAAAUAUUGUAUCAUAUUUUUAGGCCUAGAAGUAGACUUCAGGUCAACUUUCUGCUCUGAGAACCAGUUCAGUUUGUUCUAUCAGAAAGGCAAUGAGCACACUAGGAAUUCUCAGGUCAUGCAUUACAGCAGUGAACUGGACAAGGGCACGAAUGAGACUUACUCAAUGGGAAACUCUUCAAGCCUGUUCUGGGGUCCUAAAGGACAAAGAUUCUACUAUAUCCCAAAAGGUUUAAAAUUAAUUAAAGUGGAGGAUUCAUCCAGAGUUCCUGGAUCUGGGUCUUUCUACCUGCAAAGAUUUUCUCUUACAAUUAUUACCACAGACGCCUCAAUUAUCAGUUAGGGUUCUCCUAUAAAUACCUUAUUCUGGCAAGGCAGAUCAACUACAGAAGAGGCUCAGCAAGCCUCCAACUUCGGGGAACUAAAAGCAGUACUGAGGCUGCUACUGUCUUUCUUUUUUAAGUCUUGUAUCAUAGGAAACCUGUAAGGAUACAAUCGAAACAAUGUCACAGAGGUCACCUGCCUGAACAAACAGGGAGGAACAAGACUGCCUAAUAACUCAUGUCUUUGUGCAUAGAUAAUGUCGUGGUUAGAAAACUAUUAGAAGUCAUUUUAACCAUCCACAUCAGAGGUGUAGACAACGUUAUAGCAGACGACCUGAGCAGGGCACAGAGGAUGCAAACAGAGUGGUCUCUAUAUCCGUUAAUGCUUGGCAGAAUAGCAGAAAAGCUUGGUCAACCAAAAAUGUAUCUCAUGGAUGAUGAUAAGACUGAACAGAAAAGUAGCAACAUUUGCCUCCCUAUGCCAGAAAGCACACCCAGACUUUCUAGAUGGGAUUUCUAAUAUCUGGGACUUCGACCUAGUAUACAUUUUCUCUCCAGUUUCUUUAAUUCCAUGUAUUCUGCAAAAGAUAAGGUCAGAUAAGACAUCUGCGAAAGCCCUCAUGCCAUAUUGGCCAAACCGAAUUUGGUUUUCGAAACUAAAGUAGAUGACGCAGUUGAGUUGUGAGCUUCAUCUCAGGGAAUCAGUAUUGGAAACAAGCACCUCCCACAGGAGACUCUUCAGAUGUUCCGUCUGAUGGCAUGGCUGCUGCUAGGUUAAUCCUUAGUAAUCAUGGGGUGGAGAAAUGUACAAUGGAUCCUACUCAAUUCAACCAGUAUACUGACAUCUAAGAUUUACUUAUGAAUCUGGAAAAAGUUUCUUGUCUGAUGCAGCAAACACGGCUGCUUACGUUUAACUCCACCAAUCCGAGUCAUUCCUGGUUUUCUGCAAGAUGGCUUUUCAUUUUGAUUCAGUGUGACGACUUUGAAAGUUCAGGGGUCAUCCUUUAGCCAUUUUAUUCUGAUGGAUCUGGCUUCUCGUGUUCUGAUUAGAAAACCUUCUUUUUAAUAAAGUCAAAUGGCUUCAAAAGCUUCCAUGGAGGUUCUUUUUCCUGACAUAAGAUCUGUUGCUGGUACUCCACACCCUAUGAAUCACAUUUUGAACCACUGGAUGAAGUUUCCUCUAAACUGUUCUACUUGAAAAUCACUUUACUUGUGGCUAUUACAUCUAACAAAAGAGAGGCGAACUUCUAGCCCAUUACUUCUCUCCAAAUUUCCCCACGUUCCAUCAUGAUAAAAGAGUACACCAUCUAAAACCUUAAUUUCUACCAAAGUGUCUCUCCAAAGCCGACAUCAACCAACCCAUUUUCUUCCCACUCUGUGCCACUAAUUCUCUUCUGCUGCAGAAGCCAAGUUGCACUUAUUAGAUGUGAAGAGAGCCCUCUAGCAUAACUAUUGACAGGUGGUUAACCAAAACUAUCAAGGUGGUUUAUAAAAUGCACAAUCUGCCUUUUUCCACUCGUAUGAAAGCCCAUUCCAUGAGAGGUAUGGCUAUUUCCUGGGCAGCAACAGCAUUUGCCUCUCCUGAGGACAUCUGUCAGGCGGCGACUUGGUCAUUAAUCAAUAUCUUCAUCCCUUCUUACAGGCUCGACAUCCUUUCUUCCUCAGAAGCUGCUUUUGGGCGUAAGUUGAGUUGUCUGCUGCUGCUUCCUGACUUCCCAUGCGGCUUGGCAUCUUGCUAUAUCCCUACUGCACUGACUCUAUUCGCCAGGAAAACCAGAAAUUUUACUUACCGUAAAUGAGUUUUUCUUUAGUACAACAGCAGUACAGAUUCCCUGCCGUAUAAUAAAGUAUUUUUUCUAUUAUCUAGUUUUUAAGCUAUGAAGGAGUGGGUUUUCUCUACUAAUUUACGUAUUUAUUUAUAGUGGCUAUUCGUCCACCUGAAAGUCAAUCAUCCCUCCUGUACUGCAACUAUUCUAAGGAAAAACAUGAUUUACAGUAAUUUUUCGAUUUAUUUCACGUCCACUGCAAUAUAUACAAUAAAACAGGAUGGUUUCUUCUGCAUGCUUGUCUGUGAUGCUCUGGUGCUGAUGUGUCUACAUGAAGUAUGGAGGUAAAACGAACCUCUAACUCAUCCUGAAGACUCCACGAUUCACUUAUCUUUUAGUAACAUUUCAGGUUUGCAUCCCCUCAAAUCAACGCAACCUACUUGUGUCAACAUCCAGGAUGCAAGGAAGCCACGAACAUCUCCCUCACGCCAUUCAUGCUCAAAUUAAGACCCUGCCCUUUUCAACCAAGUGCCUUUUUAUGAUACGGGGAUGUCACUUGUCAUUUCCAAUGCUGAUACUCCAGCGCCAUUUUUACAUCAUUGUUCACGUGUCUUUUGCCAUCACGGAAAUGAGGCCGAUUAAUCACAAUACACAUAGUUCUAUAAAAGCUUCCACUUGCUACCUGACCUUUUGUCUUGUUGUUGUUUCCCUUCUGGUGAGCGCGUUCAUAUGAAUAUUUGAUUCCUGGUUUAUUGAUCUUGGCUUGUGUCGACUAUUCUGCUCCCUGUAUCCAUGACCUUGGCUUGUUUAUUGAUCCUGUGUACCUGUUAUCCUUGACCUUGACUUUGUUCUUGACUUUGGGAGACCUGUUGCCAGAUCCAUAGUGCAACUUUGAGUUAGGGAUUUGCUCUUGGCUCCUUGGCUUGGCUCUCUGCAGGAGAUCUGCUCUUUGCUCCUUAGUGUGACUGUCGGUAGGAGUUCUGUUCUCGAUUCCUUGCUGUGGCUCUCAGUAGUAGUUCUGUUCUUAACAUCUUGGUGUGGCUCUCAGCAGAAGAUCUGUUUCCGACUUCUUGGUGUGGCUCUCAGUAAGAGAUCUGUUCUUGGCUCCUUGACGUGGCUCUCCGGAUCUGUUUUUGAUUCCUUAGUGUGGCUCUCAGCAGGAGAUCUGUUCUCGAUUCUUUGGUGUAGGAGAUCUCUGGCAGGUAAUGCCAUGCCUCAGACCCCUUUGCCUCUACUUAGUACAUGAAAAAAAGAUCUGUGCACAUCUCAAGUACACUAUUGAAGAGGGAAGCACUCAUCUUCACACACUACUAUUAAAUGGGAAAGAUACCAAAAAUGAUCUGCUGCUUACUAAACUUCCCGUAAAGGAGGGACAGGGGGUGUCUAAUAUUCCCAUACUGAUAUUGGAAUGCUCAGAUUCCCUUUUUCUUUCUUUUUUUUAAAUAGGUUUUUUAUUUUAUUCUGUUUGUAGUGUUUUGUUUUGUACGUGUUUCUCAGGACGUGGAUACUGUGGAAGUCUUGUUACUGUUUGGAAGUUUUCUGAUUGCAUUCGCUUGCCAGGAGAAACGAGUAGGAGGAACAAUUAGCAUUUUGAAAUGAAAUAUGAAGGACAUGGUGCAUCCAUUUAAUACUCUUGAUAUUUACAUCCUGUAUCCUUGGCAUUCACUGAAUGUUCAGUUGUGUUUAACCCUGUGAGUGUGGAGUGUAGGGAAUGCACAGUUUAUUUGUAUAAAUAACAUUUUAUAAUGGCUUCAUCACAGCAUGUUUUGUGUGUGGUAAUGUAUCCAUUACCGACCGAGAGAAAAACUCACACAGAAGACCAGCUCACACAGAGCUCCUUAUCGUGACAGACAACUUACAAAAAGCUCUUAGUAGAAGCAGUCGGCGAACACAGAGCUCCUAGUGGAAGCAGAUGGUUCAGAGGGCUCGCACAGAGCUCCUAGUGGAAGCAGAUGGUUCAGAGGGCUCGCACAGAGCUCCCAGUGGAGGCAGCGGGCUCGCACAGAGCUCCCAGUGGAGGCAGCGGGCUCGCACAGAGCUCCUAUUGGAGGCAGCGGGCUCGCACAGAGCUCCUAGUGGAGGCAGCGGGCUGGCACAGAGCUCCUAGUGGAGGCAGCGGGCUGGCACAGAGCUCCUAGUGGAGGCAGCGGGCUGGCACAGAGCUCCUAGUGGAGGCAGCGGGCUGGCACAGAGCUCCUAGUGGAGGCAGCGGGCUGGCACAGAGCUCCUAGUGGAGGCAGCGGGCUGGCACAGAGCUCCCAGUGGAGGCAGCGGGCUGGCACAGAGCUCCCAGUGGAGGCAGCGGGCUGGCACAGAGCUCCCAGUGGAGGCAGCGGGCUGGCACAGAGCUCCUAGUGGAGGCAGCGGGCUGGCACAGAGCUCCUAGUGGAGGCAGCGGGCUGGCACAGAGCUCCCAGUGGAGGCAGCGGGCUGGCACAGAGCUCCUAGUGGAGGCAGCGGGCUGGCACAGAGCUCCCAGUGGAGGCAGCGGGCUGGCACAGAGCUCCCAGUGGAGUCAGCGGGCUGGCACAGAGCUCCCAGUGGAGUCAGCGGGCUGGCACAGAGCUCCUAGUGGAGGCAGCGGGCUGGCACAGAGCUCCUAGUGGAGGCAGUGGGCUGGCACAGAGCUCCUAGUGGAGGCAGUGGGCUGGCACAGAGAUCCCAGUGGAGUCAGCGGGCUGGCACAGAGAUCCCAGUGGAGUCAGCGGGCUGGCACAGAGAUCCCAGUGGAGUCAGCGGGCUGGCACAGAGCUCCCAGUGGAGGCAGCGGGCUGGCACAGAGCUCCCAGUGGAGGCAGCGGGCUCGCACAGAGCUCCUAGUAGAUCCACCCUUGCUGCCACGAGAAACCAAACAUUCAUUAACUGCUUCCUACGCUUAAUUUGCCAGCUUUGCUAAUAUAUAAAGAUUUCCUACGCACAAAGUGAAGACAGGAGAAAGUGCAUUUUUUAAUAGAUAACCUUAAAUGUUUUACAUAAUUGUGUUUCGUUUACACAUUUCUCAAUAUUUGCAUCUGAACGUCUGACUCAUGAGCUGCUCUUUGCAGAUCUGAUGCUUCCGUAGUCAAUCACACAGGACUGUUUGGGUGUAAUGAAGGUAGAAAUAUUUAAAUUACUGGCAUUUAAAAGACAGUUCUGUCUUCGUAUAAUCGUAUAACAGUUUCAGUAGGAUUGAGGCAUUGAGAAUUUCUCUCGCUUUCAGGCAGUCCUGGGGUUCUAAGUAAUUAAUAUCUGAUGCUAUUGUACCGUCUGUAUACUGUGUGCUUACAUAUUGUACCUGUGCGGUCUGUAUAAAGAUAAUGUGUGCUGUGCGGUCUGUAUAAAGAUAAUGUGUGCUGUGCGGUCUGUAUAAAGAUAAUCUGUGUUUAUAGAGACUGCACAGCACACAGAUUAUCUUUAUAGAGACCGUACAGUACACAGAUUAUCUUUAUACAGCCCAUACAGCACACAGAUUAUCUUUAUACAGCCCAUACAGCACACGGAUUAUCUUUAUAGAGACCGCACAGCACACGGAUUAUCUUUAUAGAGACCGCACAGCACACGGAUUAUCUUUAUAGAGACCGCACAGCACACAGAUUAUCUUUAUACAGACAGUACAGCACACGGAUUAUCUUUAUAGAGACCGCACAGCACACGGAUUAUCUUUAUAGAGACCGCACAGCACACGGAUUAUCUUUAUAGAGACCGCACAGCACACAGAUUAUCUUUAUACAGACAGUACAGCACACAGAUUAUCUUUAUAGAGACUGUACAGCACACAGAUUAUCCUUAUACAGACCAUACAGCACACAGAUUAUCUUUAUACAGACCAUACAGCACACUUUAUAAAGAUAAUCUGUGUGCUGUACUGUCUGUAUAAAGAUAAUCUAUGUACUGUACUGUCUGUAUACAGAUAACCUGUGUGCUGUACUGUCUGUAUAAAGAUAAUCCGUGUGCUGUACAGUCUUUAUAAAGAUAAUCUGUGUGCUGUUACUUUUAAUUUUAUAAUCUACUGCUGUACUUGGGGAACAUCUGUAUUAAAGGUUAAUUUGCUACAUAACACAGAUUUGCCGGCAAAUUAGUUUAUAUUUUACUUCCCAUUAUACUCUAUGGGCAUUCUCUUUAGUCAUUCACCAUUGUCAUUCUAUAGAAAACAUUGAUAAUCCCACCUAAUCUCAAUUUCAAAAAUUGACACUGAAUCUGGAGAGUAUUUUAGCAAAAGAUUUAUUUCAUACGUCUAAUAGUUUUGUCUCUAAUUGAAAUAUUUUGUUUCCAUUAUUCUCUAUGGGCAUUUCUUUUACUUCCAUUAUUCUCUAUGGGCAUUCCACUGCCUUGUUAAAGUCUAUGGGCAUUCCACUCUGUCAUUCCUUUUAGUAUGUCCCAUAAAAAGAUCCCAAUAACUACGUGCACGUAUUGUUAUAAAUUGUCUGCGGCAAAAUUCCGGAACUUUUCUAUUUCGUCGCUGGUUCCUUUUUCUAGAAGGAGUCGUUUUAUAAAUAAAUGCGCUUUUCCUCAUGGGAAUUUCCAUUUAAACCCCCCCAAAAUACUUUUUAUUUCUUUCUUUUAAACCCGCAUUAAUGUUCCAUUAGUUUGUAUUUCCAUAUAACCUAUAGGACAUGGUGCCUUAAUACAUGUCAGAGGUUCUCACAGAGGGUGUGAGAUUGGGGUGGGCAGCCAGCCUUUUAAAGAUUUCCCACAUGCCACCGUGGAUGAAAUGAGCCAGCUGCUAACAGGCACGGGGAGGUAUUAUCAGGGAGUGCGUUACAGAGCGUUCCAGCCUCCUGUUCUUCUCUCUGCUCAUUUCAAUCUUACCGGCCUCCAUGAAUAAUGCUAAUUUCGCAAUAAGAUUUUCUCAGUGUGACUUUCGGCUGUAGAAGCACUUGCUCGCUUACAGGAGAAAUUCCAAUUUCUGCACUAAAGGAACCCACACUGAACCCCUUACUCUGAGCGCCGAAGUCAUGGACUGCUGUCAUGUAUGUACAAUGUGCUCAUUUUUUUUUAUUUACUAUACUCUGCUAAUUACAUAUAUAUUUACAUCUAUCUUUGGUAGGAUGCUGUUCUAGGUAUCUCUCUGUAUUACGAAUAUUAGAACAGAUGGGUCAAAUAGUCUGUUUGAAUGUGUUCCCUUAUACUGAGUGAUUUGAUUCUGGAUUUUAUAUAUUUUUAUUUAAUCUGCUUUAUAUUAACUUUAACUUCAUUGCUUUUAAUUUCAUAUGGAAAAUACUUUUACCAAUUUACCAACUAUUUAGCAAUUUGUAAAUACAUGCAAGAUGCUGAAUAAGAAUAAUUUUUGGAAAAGUAUGCUAUCGAGAGGAUCUUUAACAAUCAGAAUUAACCAUGAGACCAAAAGUGGAGUCUCCAGAUUUGCCCCAAUUCUAUAUCUUUUUAUUUUGUGAUUUUUAAAAAAAAUUGGGUUCAGGGAUACUUUAAUGGUAGGACAGCGUGAGGAUAUUUGGAGGAGCAAUUCCCAGAAUGCAGAAGGGAUGGAUUGUACGCUGUGUGUGAAGAUGCCCAUCACGUAGUAUGAGGUUUUAUAAAAUGGAGUAAUAUACAGAUAAUAUAUAUAAUGUAUAAUAUAUAUAUAUAUAUAUACACACACACACACUGGAAAGUCAUACUUCAUAUACAAGUCGUGUAGUGCUAACGUAUCAUUUUAUUCCGGUCUCACAUUUUGCAGGUUGGUUUUCUAAUUUGCAUUGAUUUUUACAGAUAUAUUUAAUUCUAUAAUGGAUAUACAAUUUGUUUUCACUCCUGCUAUAAAGUGUGUAAUUUAAUGGAUCUCUCUGUUAUGCAUAAAAUAAUCACUGCUCCCCGAGGACAAGAGUUAGCAUUGAUUCCGUGGUAAAAUGGUCUACUGACCCACUUAUUGCCCGUACAGUGAUUUAUUGCUCAUUGGUUAUUUUCUGUUUAUUCUUGGUAUUAUGGAAUACACAAGGUGGCUGCUUUCAUUCUUAUUGGUCUGUAGUCUCUGUCUGUUCAAUUAGAGACCAGGAUAAUCUCCUGAGCUUUGUAAAUGAGAACAUUGUCCACAGCCAGGGUUUGCCAGUGACACAAUCCAUGUUUAAAUAUUGUUUACAGUUUAAGCAGCUAUAAGCCUUUUCACUCGUGGCUGGGACUCUGUUAGGUCACAAGAAAGUUCACACAGGCAGAUACAGCAGAGAUCAAUGUAGUACAAGUUGAGGGUGGGCUCUGAUGUAGAAGUCAGUGACAGGUAGAACAUGCUGAGGGUGGGCUCUGAUGUGGUGGUCAGUGACAGGUAGAACAUGUUGAGGGUGAGCUCUGAUGUGGGGGUCAGUGACAGGUAGAACAUGCUGAGGGUGGGCUCUGAUGUGGUGGUCAGUGACAGGUAGAACAUGUUGAGGGUGGGCUCUCAUGUAGUGGUCAGUGUCAGGUAGAACAUGGUGAGGGUGGGCUUUGAUGUGGUAGUCAGUGACUGGUAGAACAUGUUGAGGGUGAGCUCUGAUGUGGGGGUCAGUGACAGGUAGAACAUGUUGAGGGUGGGCUCUGAUGUGGUCAGUGACAAGUAGAACAUGUUGAGGGUGGGCUCUGAUGUGGUGGUCAGUGACAGGUAGAACAUGUUGAGGGUGGGCUCUGAUGUAGUGGUCAGUGACAGGUAGAACAUGCUGAGGGUGGGCUCUGAUGUGGUGGUCAGUGACAGGUAGAACAUGUUGAGGGUGGGCUCUCAUGUAGUGGUCAGUGUCAGGUAGAACAUGGUGAGGGUGGGCUUUGAUGUGGUAGUCAGUGACAAGUAGAACAUGCUGAGGGUGGGCUCUGAUGUAGUGGUCAGUGGUAGGUAGAACAUGUUGAGGGUGGGCUCUGAUGUGGUGGUCAGUGACAGGUAGAACAUGUUGAGGGUGGGCUCUCAUGUAGUGGUCAGUGACAGGUAGAACAUGGUGAGGGUGGGCUUUGAUGUGGUAGUCAGUGAUAAGUAGAACAUGUUGAGGGUGGGCUUUGAUGUGGUAGUCAGUGACAAGUAGAACAUGUUGAGGGUGGGCUCUGAUGUAGAGGUCAGUGGUAGGUAGAACAUGUUGAGGGUGGGCUCUGAUGUGGUGGUCAGUGACAGGUAGAACAUGGUGAGGGUGGGCUUUGAUGUGGUAGUCAGUGACAGGUAGAACAUGUUGAGGGUGGGCUCUGAUGUGGUAGUCAGUGACAGGUAGAACAUGUUGAGGGUGGGCUCUGAUGUAGUGGUCAGUGACAGGUAGAACAUGUUGAGGGUGGGCUUUGAUGUGGUAGUCAGUGAUAAGUAGAACAUGUUGAGGGUGGGCUUUGAUGUGGUAGUCAGUGACAAGUAGAACAUGUUGAGGGUGGGCUCUGAUGUGGUGGUCAGUGACAGGUAGAACAUGCUGAGGGUGGGCUCUGAUGUGGUGGUCAGUGACAGGUAGAACAUGUUGAUGUGGUGGGCUCAUGAGGGUGGGCUCUGAUGUGGUGGUCAGUGACAGGUAGAACAUGUUGAGGGUGGGCUCUGAUGUGGUGGUCAGUGACAGGUAGAACAUGUUGAGGGUGGGCUUUGAUGUGGUAGUCAGUGACAAGUAGAACAUGCUGAGGGUGGGCUCUGAUGUGGUGGUCAGUGACAGGUAGAACAUGUUGAGGGUGGCCUCUGAUGUGGUGGUCAGUGACAGGUAGAACAUGUUGAGGGUGGGCUUUGAUGUGGUAGUCAGUGACAGGUAGAACAUGUUGACAGUGGGCUCUGAUGUGGUGGUCAGUGACAGGUAGAACAUGUUGAGGGUGGGCUCUGAUGUAGUGGUCAGUGACAGGUAGAACAUGUUGAGGGUGGGCUCUGAUGUGGGGGUCAGUGACAGGUAGAACAUGUUGAGGGUGGGCUUUGAUGUGGUAGUCAGUGACAAGUAGAACAUGUUGAGGGUGGGCUCUGAUGUGGUGGUCAGUGACAGGUAGAACAUGCUGACGGUGGGCUCUGAUGUAGUGGUCAGUGACAGGUAGAACAUGUUGAGGGUGGGCUUUGAUGUGGUGGUCAGUGACAGGUAGAACAUGUUGACAGUGGGUUCUGAUGUAGAGGUCAGUGACAGGUAGGUAGAACAUGUUGACAGUGGGUUCUGAUGUAGAGGUCAGUGACAGGUAGAACAUGUUGAGGGUGGGCUCUGAUGUAGAGGUCAGUGGUAGGUAGAACAUGUUGACAGUGGGUUUUGAUGUAGUAGUCAUGGGUAGGUGUGUUUGGAUGUAAUGUUGGCUUUUAAAUGUAGAUGUACAUUUGUGUCUAGUAUUUGUGUUUGAAAGAAGGGGUGUGUUUGUAUAUAAUUUGGGAGUUUGAAUGCACGGGUAUGUUUGUAUGUAAUAUUUGUGUUAGAUUGCAGGAGUGUGUUUGCACGUUGUUCAGUUGUCUGGAUGCAUGCAUUUACACUGCCAUAUACAUACAUACUUACACAGAUAUACAUACACAUUAAUACAUAGAUACAUAUAAAUACGCUGACACACCGACACAUACACACACGCAUACACUGACUUAUAUGCACACACAAACGCACAUCUGACACACAGAUAAACGCCUUGCACACACCAUGAUACACAGUCACACACAGAUGCACAUCCUGACACAUGUGCAAGAACACACAGAAAUACACACCGACACACAGAUACAGUCACUCACAGAUACACGCACAAACGGAUAAACCCAUACAUGUGAUCUUUUUUUAUAUCUGCAGCCACCCUCCUGUUGGCUUACCUUUUGUAUCCAGGAGGAUGGCUUGCUUGGAGUUCUGGUUCUGGCUGAUGGGAGCGAGGGAUCUGGAGCAGCUCCUGGAGUUUUGGUGUGAUGUUUUUCUCACAUUGCCCUAGUUUUUCCAUUUGAAUGUUUAUUCUGAGGACUCCAGUGUCCAAGGACACGUUUGCUCCACAUGCUGCUAAACAUUUUAAUUAAAUAUCCUGAGCUGCAUAAUGUGCCAUUGUAAUUUGAAUUGAUUGUAGUUGUUUAAAACGUCACUAUAAAGCCAGAAUUGCUGCUAGCCUUUCCGCUGCCUCCACAUCAUAUAGAAUACCUGAAUCAGACCUUAACUGUUCGUUUUAUUUCUGUAUAUUUGGGGCAAUGUCCGCAAUAUGCCCUUAGCUGACGUGCUGGCAGACAUAAAUCACUCUGUAUAACCUACAAUCACAAAACAGUGAGUUCAAGAUAUAAUCAGCUUUUAUUCAUGAAAAAUACCAGAAUUCAAAUUUCUAGAAUUCAAUGCAAUCAGAGCACAAAGGACACGUAAUUAAGGUUGUUGUGCGCCUUUCUAAUUGUGGGAACGCGAAAUGCUCGCCGAGCCUCCCAGGUAUCCCGUGUAUAAAAGCAUUUAGCACAUUCUGUGUCAAAUCUCAAAUCAAUAACUGACUCGCUGAACAAGGAAAGGGGAGAGCAGCUUGUGUUUAUUGUAACAAUGGUGCAUAUUUAUUUCCUGUUUUAAAAGCAGGAGCAGGGUUGAAAUCUCUUAAACUGGAAAUUUUUGGAAAUACGUUUAACAAACGUGGAAGAUUGAAUCACUAACAGAAAACCCGGGCGGGAUUUUCUAAGAGCAAUCACCAUGGAAACCGGUGGAGUUGGCAAGAACCUCCCUUUGGUUUCCAUGGGGAUUGCUUCAGUCUUAAAAGUUUGCAAAAUGUGAGCGUUUUUCUCGAUGUACUUCAUUGUGUGUUAAUGCAAUAUCUGCUCUUGUUCUAGAAGUGAAACCCGCCAGAAUGCAGAACAUUGAUAUAGAUCAGCCGUGUCAGUAGGAAGACAAUCUGCACUGUGUACCCACUAAUACUUUCUGCUAUUAUUUGUGUAAUGUCUGUUUCUUGAUAGUAAAACCUUACAAAUGAAUCAACACGUUUUGAAUUUUUUGUAUAACCUGAAAACUGAAUGUUAGCGGAAAAAUUGCAAUCUAUUGCAGGCAGUCAAUAAGCUAAUCCCAUCCCAUUGAAGGAUGUCUAAUGACAGACACUCGAGGCAUUAAUACAGGCCUGAAUGUUGCAUAUUAAAUAGUUUUCCACUAAGUUUCCUUCACUUUGCUAGCGUUGGUUGGAGUGAGGGAAUGAGAGCUAUUAGAAAACUGUAAAUAUUCCCUUUAAAACAAUACUUUACUUUCUUUUGAUCUAAUGUCGUUGCUGGUUUAUAUAUUAAUUUGAGAUAAAUAACCCUACCUUGCCUUCUCAGGAGCUCUGUUCAGACAGAGGUUGUAUGGGUUCUUGAGAUCACCUACAAGAUCUUUAUGAGAUCACGUAAAAGACCAGCUGUCAAGAACCUUGUGCAUAUCUCUUUUAUGGAUACUGGUCAGUGUGGAGGGAGAGGGGAUAGCAUUCAAAUGUUACUGAUAUUUUUAUAUAUAUAUUCUGCAUGACAAUGAAAAGACAGGAUCAUUCGUACUGUACAGGGACAGACAUGUAAUAGUAAGUAUCCCUUGUUAUAUCCCUGCUAGGAUUUGAACACAAUACAGUAAAUACUCCCCCUGCAGUGAGAGAGGGUGCAUGUACCAUUAACCUGUAUUAACUGGUAGGAGUUUCACUGUGGCAAUAGACUGGUCCUCCUGUGGGUAGAGGGGGCUUCCUCUUACCAGCGAUGUUCACUGUAUCUAAUACGCUGUGUCCUGCUCUAGAUUUUCACCGACAGUGAAAAGUAUACGUUCUGCUGACCCAGAUUAUGGGGUACACAGUAGUAAAUAGUUGGAGUUAAAAGGAUUUGCCUGUUUGAUAUGAAAUUCCUGUGUUGCAGUAAAGAAAUGUUGAUUAAUGUGGAUAUUUACUUUAAACAAUGAGUCAAAUCCAUGGAAGGCAACUGUUCGAGAAAUCAAACGAUUGUAAUUAGGAAGAGCUAGGGCCAUUAGAACCUAAUUAGUGGUGAGAGAAAGCUGAAAGGAGAGCUUACCUUUCAUGUAUCAUUACCCACAUCCUUACAUAUUCCCUUUAAUGUAAAGGAGUGUCUAGCUCUUAGUGCAGGGAAAUCUCUACAAAUUCACAGGAACGAGUAAGAAAAAAGCCAAAUUGAUGGAUUUGUCACUUACCUACUGUGGAAGGCAAUCGGAGAGUGUGUGUGCGUGUUUCACUUCGUGCAUGCUACUUAGCAGGCCAAAAUGUUACUCACUGCCUCUUCUUGUAACUGCUGGAAAGAUACGCAGCCACCCUGUACCACAAUGACCCCAUGGUAUCCGUCAGGUCCAAGCCUGGUGCAAGCUGGGCCUAGCUUACCUGGGUCCUGUUAGUAUCUGACGUAUCUCCAGCUGUACUGCAAAAGGCUGAGGAGUCCAUAAAAUCACUUUCUAUCUCUACAUUUACAAGAAAUGUGGCCAACACAACAACAGAAACCAAUAACACCAAUGUAGUGCAAUAUUUACAAGUUAAGCACCUAAUGAGAGCGGUCCAAUACAGCAUUAAGCUCACUGUAACUUUAAAUUGAGCUUUUAAUUGAAAUGUUUGUGAGCAUUGCCGUAUAAGAGGUGAAACAAGGAACUUACUUGUAAAUCUGUCAGUCUUUAUGGGUGCAUGCAGGAUUUCAAUACUAACUGAAUGGGGUCUGAUUUUAACAGGAAGGUUUAUACAUUAUUUAAACUGCUGAUUACACUCCCACGCAGAUACCAGCACUGCAAUGUUACAAUACGCACACUAUGGUAACUUCUCAAAGCUGAAUUUCCAUUCACCCAUUGCCAGUCGGCUAGUGGAAAUUUUGAGAACUGAGAUAUACAUAAACCCAUAAAUAAAUAAAUAAAUAUAGAUCAAUGCAUACAUGUAGUGUGUAAAUCUUGUGCAGUUCCAUACAGGAAUCUGCUCUGUACGAUCAUAUUUCAUGAAAUAGAUUAAAAAGAGAAAGUGGGUGGGUUGUGCUAAACACCAAACAUUUAUUAAAAGUUGCACUACCGAAGGCAACAGAAAAUUGUGUUAGGCUUGUCAGUAAUAGCAGAAAAAGAAAAAAACACACUGUGGUACUCAGCAGAAGUGGCCAAAAUAGAACAAAACGUUAGCAUUUAGUAAUUAUAAAAAAAAAAACCAGAGUGAGGAAGAUAGACAGAUCUAUGAGAUUGUGCAGAAAGAGGCUAAGCAAGUUAUAAGAGCUUCCAAAUCACACACAAAAGAGAGAAUGGCACAGUCCGUACAAUAAAAGGGGAUUAAACAUUUUUUCUUUUAUACAUAAAUGAGAAAAGGGAAGUAAAACAAGGAUUAAUUAGAUUAAAAACAAAAGAAGGAAGAUAUGUAGAAGAAGAUAAAGGUCUAACUGACUGCCUCAAUGAAUAUUGUUGUUCAGUAUUUACAGAUGAAAAUGAAGGAAAGAGACCUCCGUUACGUAAAAUGACAAAUGAGUCAUUUGUUACAUGUGAGUUUACAGCGGAAGAGGUUCUAUUUCAACUGUCAAAAGUAAAGACAAAUAAGUAGAUGGGGCCUGAUGGAAAGUUAUUAAGAAAGUUUCGUGGUGCAUAAGCAAAACCAUUAACUGAUUUAUUUAACCCCUUAAUGACACCUGACAUGUAUGACAUGUCAUGAUUCCCUUUUAUUCCAGAAGUUUGGUCCUUACGGGGUUAAACGGAUACUAUAGUGCCAUAAAAAUAUAAAACAUAAAAAUACCCAGAAACAUUAUAAAAAAUAUAUCAUAACCUCACAAAUAAUAUAUUCCCAUAUAGCCCAUAUCUGAACACCCAGGUUUUUCAAAUAGCGCUCACAUCCAUGCAGUGUUGGGGAAAUGCCACCAUGUUAAAGUUCUUACCGGCCUCGAACAUGUGGUCCUAUGCCCAAACAGUUCCAGGGCAGUGCUUUGGCCAGUCAACUUUCAGGAGCUCCUGCGUCCGAAAUAUAGGGUGCUCUGGCUGGCUCUCAGGUAGCGUUUGUGCCACUUUAGUCUCAGGCACAUUCCCUCCAAAAAGCGCUCUCCUGGCGUGUUGCAAAGUCGUUCAAAACCCCAGACCAAGUUGUUCGGGAGCCACACGGUCACCUCAUGUCGAAAACAGUUCCAUAACAUUCGCUGCUAAAUAUCGCUGAGGACAAUUUGUGGGUUUCUUCAUGAGAACUGCCGGCAGGAAGCUAGUGUUUGGUUCCAUUUGAAUGAAGGGAAAGUGACAAACCAGGGGCACCCAGGGAAAGCUUCUAAUGGCAGCUGGGGAGGUUUAACUCCUGAACAGGGUCUUUGUAUAUGGCCCAUAGUCCUUGGGCAGGAGGCUAGCUAGCAGGCUUCUCCCGGAGCUCGUAGCAUAGGCACGUUUGCCACAAUAUACUACUUAACCCCAGUGCCUUUUCCAGAGUGCUUAGCGCGGAAACCAGACUGAAGCAGGUCUAGCAGAGAGUUGGACUCGAGGAAGUCUGUCAAUCUCGCAUACACAAUUUUUUCAAGGAUCUUGGAUGCAAAAGGCCGUAGCGAGAUAGGACGAUAGUUGGAUGGGGAGUUAGGGUCAAGAUUGGGCUUCUUUAGAAUUGGGGUUACAGUUGCAUGUUUGAAGGGCAAUGGAAAUAUACCAGAGGAGAGAGAGAGAUUGAGAAUUUUAGUGAGAGGUGGAGAAAGAGAAGAAGACAGAGUACGGAUGAGAUGCGAGGUAAUUGGAUCUAGGGAGCAGGUGGUGGGGCGGGAGGACUGGAGCAGAGCAGAAACGUCUUCCAAUGUAGCGGGUGCGAAUGAACAUAGAACAGCAGAGGGAGUGAAGUUAGGGGAAGUAUUGUAAGGGGAAGAAGAAAGAUGAGAUAUCUCUUCUCUGAUUGUAGAGAUCUUGUCAGUGAAGUGAGUUGCAAAGUCUGAGGCGGUCAAGUUAGUAGGUGGAGGAGGAACAGCAGGGCGAAGAAGAGAGUUAAAUGGGUGAAAUAGUCGUUUGGGUUCGCGGGAGAGUGUGGUUAUGAGGGUAUUGAAGUAAUUAACUUUUGCAGAGGAAAGAGCCAAGCUGUAUGAGCUCAGCAUAAAUUUAUAGUGGAGAAAGUCAGAUGCACAGUGAGACUUUCUCCAACAGCGUUCAGCAGUUCUGGAGCAUUUUUGGAGGUAUCGAGUGAGCUUGGUGUGCCAGGGUUGUUGUUGGGGGGCCUGCGGCGUUUAAAUGUACAAGGUGCCAUGAUGUCUAGUUGAGAGGAGAGGGUGGAAUUGUAGAAGGAGGUUGCAGAACUAGGACAGGUGAGGUUUGAGAUAGGUAAAAGGAGAGUUUGGAGAUUAGUGGAGAAAUGCACUAGGUCAAGACAUUGGGUACCUAACCCGUCUCUGUGUUAUAAUAUAUACUACCUAACCCCUCUCUGUGUUAUAAUAUAUACUACCUAACCCCUCUCUGUGUUAUAAUAUAUACUGCCUAACCCCUCUCUGUGUUAUAACAUAUACUACCUAACCCCUCUCUGUGUUAUAACAUAUACUACCUAACCCCUCUCUGUGUUAUUAUAUAUACUACCUAACCCCUCUCUGUGUUAUAAUAUAUACUGCCUAACCCCUCUCUGUUAUAACAUAUACUGCCUAACCCCUCUCUGUGUUAUAACAUAUACUACCUAACCCCUCUCUGUGUUAUAAUAUAUACUACCUAACCCCUCUCUGUGUUAUAAUAUAUACUACCUAACCCCUCUCUGUGUUAUAAUAUAUACUACCUAACCCCUCUCUGUGUUAUAAUAUAUACUACCUAACCCCUCUCUGUGUUAUAAUAUAUACUACCUAACCCCUCUCUGUGUUAUAACAUAUACUGCCUAACCCCUCUCUGUGUUAUAAUAUAUACUACCUAACCCCUCUCUGUGUUAUAAUAUAUACUACCUAACCCCUCUCUGUGUUAUAAUAUAUACUACCUAACCCCUCUCUGUGUUAUAACAUAUACUACCUAACCCCUCUCUGUGUUAUAACAUAUACUACCUAAUCCCUCUCUGUGUUAUAACAUAUACUACCUAACCCCUCUCUGUGUUAUAAUAUAUACUACCUAACCCCUCUCUGUGUUAUUAUAUAUACUCCCCAAGAAAUGAGACUCUAAUUACAUUAAUUUUGGUUUUCCAGAAUGAAAGCCUUAGUAAGCAGCAGGAUGAGGCUCUUGACAUCCCCCUUGAUGACCCGGACGCUAAUGCUGCAGCUGCCAAGAUCCAGGCCGGGUUUCGAGGGCACAUGACAAGGAAGAAGAUGAAAAGUGGUGACAGGGACAUUAAAAAGGAUAGCAAGGAGGCCGGCACCUCACAGGGGGCCACCGAAGGAGACUAAACCAAACUGGAGUGAGGUAAAUAGAGUGCUUCAAUCAUCCACAAUAGACAAAAUUAGUGAUUAUUUUUUUUUAAAGGGUGAGGAUCAUUUUGUUUAUUAAUUGAAGUGUCCUUCUUACUGUUUAUUUUCACUCGCCCUCCUGUGAAGUUAUCAUUACUGAGAACUCCAGUAUUGGAAGCUUCUGAUAGAAUAGCUUUGGGACACUGCGCAUGUACGGCAAUAAUCACGAUCCCCCAAUUCUUAAUCUCUGUGAGCUCAAAGUGAGUGAGACAGGGCAGCUACAAUCUCUUACUAAAGAGAUUUAGGAACAUUUAAACUUGAUUUCAGAACUUUUAUAAAAUUAGACCUGAAAGAACCUAAUCAAGCUGAAAUAUGUUAUGGACUGAGUGUCCCUAUAAUGGUAAUAAACUAAACAAUGUACUUAUAGGGGCAUGGUUUAUGCACCAAAACUACUGUGUUAAAGAAACAAUAUAGCAUUAGAAAUACAAACCCCUGUCCCUAGUUAGGGGCUGGCAAGUGCAGUGUUAGUAAUACCUCGGAGCUGUGUGUUCACCUCUGCUGUGGCUCUAUUAACCCUGUGCUCAGUCCACAGAAGUUUCCUGGAGAUCUUAGAUAGAAUGCGUGCUUUCUUUGUAGUACAUUCAUUGUUGGUGUUAAUGGUAAGUGUGAUAUCCAAUGCUGAGGCCGGGUGUGAAGAAACUACACCUUUUGUUUCAUUCCCUUUGAUUUUUCUCGUUCAGUAAAUAAAACUACUGAACACUGACCACCCCCCUGGCUCAUUAACUACAAAACAGACCGCAAAUUAAGUGCUCUCUCUGUGUGGUCGCCAUUCGUAUAGCCGAACGCCAUGUGCAGGAGAAAACAGCAGCCUUCUGGUUUGCAUAAAGGAGGCAGCGGGACUUGGUCGUUGAGUGUCUGGAACUAAAAUUGGACACUUGACUACCUGAACACCUGCUUCCUUUCACCAACUAGCCAGGAGAAAGCUAUACGGUCGGUUUGUUCACACGAACUAGGGGAACAAACGCUACCUAUGAGCCAGGGGAACCGUUCGUGGAUUUGUUCGGUUUUUAGACUUUUCUAAAUGGACACAGCCUAAUUUCAUGGAACAAUUUCUGGGCAGGAGCCUCGUGUGCGAUCGGUCAACUUAAGCCUCCUAUGAAACUCCCGAAACCCUGAACCGAUCUGAGUGUUUUUUGAAUCAUGUUGGUCCCCCAAAUCAGGGCCAUCAGGGGAUAUGACUUUUGUGGGUUAUUCAUGGAGUUUGGGGUACUUUUGGGAUUUUGUGAAAAUGUGUGUUUUUUGUGUUUGGAGAUAAUUGAGUUUAGUAUAGUGUUGACUCCAUUAUCUCACCAGUACAGGGGAAGGAUGAUAUUAUUGUAUGCGGGAGUGUCCUGGACCUGAGAGUUAAUGCAACUGCAGAAUGUAUUUUGUCACUGUCCCCUCUCAGGUCCAGUGUGGAAUGCCCCUGGAAUACGUCAACGUAAAGCUUGUACAUUUGUAACUGCAUAUAAACCGGGUGGUUAGCCUGAAUAAACCAUUCCUGUUGUACCCUUCAUCUAGUUUAGGCUGAUAUUUGGGUUUCCGUCUAAUUUGCUUGGGGAAUAUACUUGGAUGCUGUACUCCGCCUGGAGAACGUUUGAAUCAACACUCGAAGCUAUAAUCACUCAGCUUCCAGCAAUUCGGGAGGAAAUAGACAAACGGGUAUCUGCAAUACCAGCGUUCGUUACACCGGGGUCCCUGAAAGAACCAUCCACCACAUCAAACCCUGUCUCUGUGUCGGCCAACAAUCGGAUUAGCUAUAAAAUAUCAGAGAUAUAAAGGUUUCCAGUAACAGACGGUAGAAGGAUUGGUAAUCCAUUAUUUAGGGUUGUCCUCUAUUGCAGAGGCACAGCUCAUGAGAACACUAAAAAGGCCUCUUACCUUGGUUACAGUCUGGUUUUCUGGGAACCUUCAAUAUUUAGCCAUUAUUUGCAAGAAGACUCUCUAGCGGCCCCCGGUCCUUUUGCCGCUCAGGAACCACUUAGAAUAUAAAGAGACCUAUUUCCCCCCAGUAACUGGACGAGACACAGCUCUGGAGGUACAACACUGACUGACUUAGUUUAUUAAGUCACUCAUGGUUUUACAUGCACAGAUCCCUACAUGGGGUCUCCAACACUAAAACAGGGGUUUCAAUCCCAAGAAGCUUAUUGGGGGGGGGGAUUGGGUUGGAAGAGGGACACAUUUCACUUCUAUACUUUACAGAGCUGCUGCCCCCCCACCCCUCUCCCCCUCCUUAGCUGCAUAUAGAGGCACAGUACACGAAAGGCAUAGAAAUACAUUGGGAAACACAGAGGGACCACACGAUACAAGGGGAAACACAGAGGGACUACACGAUACAAGGGGAAACACAGAGGGACCACACGAUACAAGGGGAAACACAGAGGGACCACACGAUACAAGGGGAAACACAGAGGGACCACAAGAUACAAGGGGAAAACACAUGAAUAAGCAGUGGGCAUGGCACUCAGUGACGGCGGUCCGUCACAGACUCAAUAAUUGAUGCUUUUACUUUUAAGAUGAGUUGAGGACAAUAAUUAUCACACGAUAUGUGAAUGAGAAGUAGAAGUUACUACCAUCCAGUUCACUGCUCUUCAUUUUAUUGACUUCAGAAAGGCCGUGCCAGGAAAUGGAAUAAACCCUCAGAGCCAUCACGCUCCUACCUGACCAGGCUGAUCUACUUGCAUCUUUUAAAUUGUACGUGUUGCUGAACUUGACUUUUCUGCCACGUUUUAUUAUUUCUCAUUAGUGCUCAUUCACUGCUCAGGAAUGCUCCUGCGGUUUAUGUUCUUUUGUUUGAAGGCUCCUGACGGCUAUUAUUUAUAUUUUGGAUUGUAUUCUCUGUAAAAUUCUGAAGUCGGAAGCCGUCAUGCUCAGAGUCUGACCUUAAAGUAUGUGCAAAUCUCACCAAAUGCUGCACAAGUAAUUAUUAAUAUAUAUAUAUAUAUAUAUAUUUUUUUUUUCAUUUUAGUUUUAUAAUGUGGUUUUUGAUCAUAAAGAAUCAUAUGGGGUGACAGGGUUAUUAUCACCCUGAGCAGUUGUACUCUGCAGAAUUCUCUGUUUGCCUGAUUUAGUAAUUUAACUGCAAACCAUCACAAGCUCCUCUGGGAACAGAAUGGGAAUAAAGUCUCGGAUGGUGCCACAAUCCCAAGGUAUCUGCCAUCUUUCUUACAACCUCUGAGGCCCAAGAUGGUGGCAGCACCAUCGGUAGCAGAUGCUUUUGCCUGAAACGUGAUGGUGUAUAUAUAGACUUUAUAAAUUUUACAGGAUCAUCUCCCAAUGAUUUUACGGUCUGUUUUUCAAUCUAAUGCAGAGAGGCUGUAAUGGUGACCAGUGUCGCUAAUAUCCGAAACUCGCCUUUUUGAGGGUCUGCUGUACUAGAGAAGAAACAGAAAGGAUAGCGCAUACUUUUAGGGGAUGCACGGACCCCGUUUCCUCCAAAAUCAGCAAAAAGCUAAACGUGAUCCCACUUACUUAGAAUGUUUUGAAUUAUUUAGGUGCUCAUCAACAGGAUUGUUUGACUUUCUAAAGAUACCACACUGACACAGUUGUAGUAAACCGUGAAUACACAGGGAGGAAAGGGGAGGACUUACCCCCCUUAAGUAUCAGGAUAAAGUGAUUUAAUAAUUAAGGAUUUUUAACAAGUUCAGGUUUUUAGAGAAGUUAGUUGGCUAAUUUAAUCUGUACUACUUCCCAGAAUGCUCCAGCGAUUCAGUAGAAUUAUGUUCACUUUGUAAUAGGUACCCAGCUUCCAAGGGUCUGUUGGAGGCAGUUUAGUUAUGGCUAGGGUACACUUGGAUGACUAAUGCUAAUUCUGAGCAUAUUAAAUGACUGACAUCAGCACACAUAGCAUGCUGUUGACAGGCGUCCAAUGGUGGCAUAUUUUACCUUCCAUGCCACCCAUGCUCUUCAGUCAGCCCACCCUACCUGAUGUCCCUCUCCAACAUUCCAUCCCCCCUACAGCAAUGGGGAGUAAGGUUAGUGGAGGGUGAUUGUGCUGCAGGGAGAAUUUUGCCUCUGCGUGGUGUUGAGGUGUGCUUUAGCUUUUUUUCUCAAUUUGGGGGGGCCCAACAGCACAUCAAGGUUUUUUCCUGGGUACCCUUUAACGAUCAGUAAUUUUGUUUUGUAAGAAUGUCUUAUGAUUUCUUUAUAUAUUCCUUCCUUCCAUCCAAUCUUCUGUUCUGAUUAUUUCUACAUAAAAUUUGUAGUAAUGUAAUAAAAUGACCAAACCAAACUGUGUAAUAUUUGCACAGAAACAGCUAAUUAAAUAGUGUUGCUAUGAAGGAGACUAAAUUUGGAAAUCAUGUAUUUGUGACCUGUUGGGAACUAAGAUUUUCCUUGAUAAUUAUCUGUGCAAAACUGGGACACAUAUCUUUCUACUUCUAACCUUUAGAGACAAGAAAUAAUUUUAAUUGACAACAUUUUCAUUUAAUGAACAGUGUUGUGAUGCUUUUUAUAUUAGUGAUAAUGGUUCGACAUUCGAGCAAGCAGAAACCCAGCUGCAGUUUUACUGGUAGAAGAGACAGAAAGCAUUUGGCGAAAAAAUACAUUAAUUUAAACAUCUGAAAACCAGAACACUGUCACGAUAUUCCAUUCCAUAAUAUGUAAUACCGCCAUGUUAGAUUCUAUAUUAAUAUGACACGGUACAUUCCAUAAUAUAUAAUAACGCCAUGUUAGAUUCUAUAUUAACGUGACACGCUACAUUCCAUAAUAUUAAAUACCGCCAUGUUACAUUCUAUAUUAACGUGAAAUGGUACAUUCCGUAAUCUAUAAUACCGCCAUGUUAGAUUCUAUAUUAAUGUGACAUGGUACAUUCCGUAAUAUAUAAUACCGCCAUGUUAGAUUCUAUAUUAACGUGACUUGAUACAUUCCGUAAUAUAUAAUACCGCCAUGUUAGAGUCUAUAUUAACGUGAAAUGGUACAUUCCAUAAUAUAUAAUACCGCCAUGUUAGAUUCUAUAUUAACGUGACUUGAUACAUUCCGUAAUAUAUAAUACCGCCAUGUUAGAUUCUAUAUUAAUGUGACAUGGUACAUUCCGUAAUAUAUAAUACCGCCAUGUUAGAUUCUAUAUUAACGUGACUUGAUACAUUCCGUAAUAUAUAAUACCGCCAUGUUAGAGUCUAUAUUAACGUGAAAUGGUACAUUCCAUAAUAUAUAAUACCGCCAUGUUAGAUUCUAUAUUAACGUGACUUGAUACAUUCCGUAAUAUAUAAUACCGCCAUGUUAGAUUCUAUAUUAAUGUGACUUGAUACAUUCCGUAAUAUAUAAUACCGCCAUGUUAGAUUCUAUAUUAAUGUGACAUGGUACAUUCCGUAAUAUAUAAUACUGCCAUAUUAGAUUCUAUAUUAACGUGACUUGAUACAUUCCGUAAUAUAUAAUACCGCCAUGUUAGAUUCUAUAUUAAUGUGACAUGGUACAUUCCGUAAUAUAUAAUACUGCCAUAUUAGAUUCUACAUUAAUGUGACAUGAUACAUUCCGUAAUAUAUAAUACCGCCAUGUUAGAGUCUAUAUUAAUGUGACAUGGUACCUUCCAUAAUAUAUAAUACCGCCAUGUUACAUUCUAUAUUAACGUGAAAUGGUACAUUCCGUAAUAUAUAAUACCGCCAUAUUAGAUUCUAUAUUAACGUGACUUGAUACAUUCCGUAAUAUAUAAUACCGCCAUGUUAGAUUCUACAUUAAUGUGACCUGAUACAUUCCGUAAUAUAUAAUACCGCCAUGUUAGAUUCUACAUUAAUGUGACAUGAUACAUUCCGUAAUAUAUAAUACCGCCAUGUUAGAGUCUAUAUUAAUGUGACAUGGUACCUUCCAUAAUAUAUAAUACCGCCAUGUUAGAUUCUAUAUUAAUGUGACAUAUUACAUUCCGUAACAUGUAAUACCGCCAUGUUAGAGUCUAUAUUAAUGUGACAUGGUACCUUCCAUAAUAUAUAAUACCGCCAUGUUAGAUUCUAUAUUAAUGUGACAUAUUACAUUCCGUAACAUGUAAUACCGCCAUGUUAGAUUCUAUAUUAAUUAUUAUUAAGUGCAGUUCACUUUUUCCUAUUGUGUGUAUUUAAAAUUACACCUCAUGUCAUGGUGGGGUUUUACCAUUGAUUUUUAAAGAGGCAAAAUUAUAUUUGGAUCACGUGCAUCAAAAGCCAUUUUUAUACAUGAAAGCACCUUACUAGCUUUUGCAACGGCAGACCAGCAUUGUGUACUGUUUCCUAGUUUGUUAUCAAUGUGUAUAAGUGGAAUGUGGGUUCCUUAUCACAAACUAUAUCACUUUGUAUUUCUUUAUUGGAUCUCAUCUGCUGCCUUGCCUGCCCAGUCCCCCAAAUGUUUAGACUGUAUUUUUUUUACCUAGUGUUUUGUAAUUUGCGAACACCGACAAAUGACUUUCAAUGUCCACUUCAAGAUCAUCUAUAAAUAGAUUAAAGAGUAAUGGACCCAGGACAGAUCACUGAGGCACUCCACUUACCACUUUUUUGUCCAAUUUGAAAAUUUUCCAUUUACAACUGCUCUCUAUCCAAGAACAUGAUUUGUGAUCUAAACCAACUUUAUUGGUAACCUACUGGUAACCUUUUGUGUGGAAGUAUAUAAAAUGCAUUAGCAAAAUGCAAGAUCAUAUCUACUGGAUUACCCAGAUCUAUAUUUAUACGAACUUCUUCAUAGAAUGCAGUUAAGUUAGUUUGGCAUGACAUGUCUUUCAUAAAACCAUGUUGAUUACUGCUAUUGAUAUUUUUGUUCAAAUUUAAUUCUUGAAUAUUAUCCCUUAACAGCCCUUCAAAUAAUUUUCCAACCAUUGAUGUUAACUUUUGUUAAACUCACAGGUCUGUAGUUUCAGGGUUGAGCUUUUGAACCUUUUUUAAAUAUAGGCACCACAUCUACUUUUCUCCAAUCUGGUACAAUUCCUAAAAAGAAAAGAAUCCUGAAAAAUAAAAAACAGUGCUAUAGACAUUUCUACACUAAGCUCCCUAAGCAUGCGUGAGUGAAUACCAUCUGGCCUUGUGGCUUUGUCUGUAUUAACUUUAUUUAAUUUCUGAAGCACUUUAUCCUGUGGUAACCAAUGAAGCAGUUUAUCCUGUGGUAACCAAUCACCUGUUUGAUGCAAGGCUUUUGUAACAGGGAUUUGGAAAUCUUCAGCCAUAGAUUCUUCUUCCUUAUAUACAGAAGAAAAAAUAUUUUAUUUAGAAUUUCUGCCUUGUCCUGAUCCUCAUUGAUUAACUCACCCAUCACACUUUCCAAUGGACCAACAUUUCACUCUUGAUCUUUGUUACAUUUCAUAUUAGUGUGAGUUUGUUCAGCAACAACGACUGCUGCCAUUUCAUUUCAUAUUGGCAUGAGCUGGUCGAGUGAUACCGACUGCUGCCAUAUUGUAUUUCAUAUUGGCGAUAGCCAGUAGAGUGAAACUAUAUGCCGCCAUAUUCCAUAUAGUUGCAUACUAUAUUAUGAUCGUUACAGCGAUAACGACUGCCGCCAUAUUCUAUUCCAUAUAAUUGCGUACUACAUUAUGAUCGGUACAACGAUAACGACUGCCGCCAUAUUCUAUUCCAUAUAAUUGCGUACUACAUUAUGAUCGGUACAACGAUAACCACUGCCGCCAUAUUCUUUUCCAUAUAAUUGCGUACUAUAUUAUGUUCGGUACAGCAAUAACGACUGCCGCCAUAUUCUAUUCCAUAUAAUUGCGUACUACAUUAUGAUCGGUACAGCGAUAACGACUGCCGCCAUAUUCUAUUCCAUAUAAUUGCGUACUACAUUAUGAUCGGUACAACGAUAACCACUGCCGCCAUAUUCUAUUCCAUAUAAUUGCGUACUAUAUUAUGAUCGGAACAGCGAUAACGACUGCCGCCAUAUUCUAUUCCAUAUAAUUGCUACUAUAUUAUGAUCGGUACAACGAUAACGACUGCCGCCAUAUUCUAUUCCAUAUAAUUGCGUACUAUAUUAUGAUCGGUACAACGAUAACGACUGCCGCCAUAUUCUAUUCCAUAUAAUUGCGUACUAUAUUAUGAUCGGUACAGCAAUCACAUCUGCCGCCAUAUUCUAUUCCAUAUAAUUGCGUACUAUAUUUUGAUCGGUACAACGAUAACGACUGCCGCCAUAUUCUUUUCCAUAUAAUUGCGUACUAUAUUAUGAUCGGUACAGCGAUCACAUCUGCCGCCAUAUUCUAUUCCAUAUAAUUGCGUACUAUAUUAUGAGCCGUUACAGCGAUCACAUCUGCCGCCCUGUUCCAUUCUGUAUCAGGAUGACAUUGUACAUUCCAUAUCCGUAUUACAUUGUAAUUUGCAUCCCAUCGUUUAUUCCGUGACCAUGUAAUGUAGCGCAGUACAUGAUACGCUUUUUCUAUUUUCAUUUCAGGUUUUGGAAUGAUACAAGGUGUACCCAGGGGCCACAGCAAUCCUCGGUGCGUUUAUUCACCUGUCCUGAAGAUCAAGAUCCUGACAGUGGCCACUGGAAUGUGUAAUUUAUUUCUGAAAUUUAAUACUUUUUAUUUUAUUUUUUUCAGUUUUGUCUAAUUAAUUUCCCAGAUUCCUCUCCUGUUGCUGUGAAAUGUUGUGAUUUAAUUAAUUCUCAUGUUUUGCUCGAAUUUGCUUUGUAAACUUGGACAGAACCUGCUUGCAUGAAUCCUAGCAGUCUGUAUGAAAGAAAAUGAUUCAUUUAGAAAUCUCUUUACUUUAAUUCUGCAAUAAUGAAUUCUGGCGAAUUUUCUGAAAUCUGAAUUCUCUCUCUAUUUAUGUACAAUUUUAGAAACACAAUUUUCUGUAAUUUAAGCAAGAAAAAAUAAAAAUGAAAAAAAAAUAACUUGUAAUUGUCACUUAUUGCAGCAAAAACCUAAAUUGUUUGUUUAAAUUUCUAAAAGCCACAGCAUAUCACUAAAAUGUAUGAUAAAAUGAUUUCUGUGUAUUAGAUGGAAAACUAAUAUUCAUAAAGUCUAUAAAAAUAAUAGAUGAUAUGAUAGAUAAUUAUAAAAGCUGAUUUAGGAAUUUUAUUGAUAGUCAUUAUCUCCUUGGACAAUCACAUAAUCUUCCCUUUCAAACAUGUAUAUGAUCAUUUAUUCACUAUCUUCCAAAUAAAUCCGAAUUAAAUUCAAAGCAAAAUCAAGGCGAAUGUAACAUCACUGUCUCUCAUUUUCUAUGUAUAUAAUAACAUUUAUUUAACAUAAAUGAAUGGAGUUCCUGUUAGUUCAAUACUAGAUUUGUCCUCUAGGGGGCACUAUGUAUUUGACUGAGGCACUCUGGCCCUUUUUCAUUUGCUAGAGGAGAAAUGUGCUAUCCCACUUACAGAUAUCUGUAAUCACAUGUAGACACAUAAUAAGAAAAAGAUUUGUCUUUGCCUCAACCACUCCAUGUGCUAACUCGUUUCAGACAAUCUACAGUGGGCACGAUGAAUUCUCUCCCAAUAAACCACCUAAUCUCCCCAUGCAUUCCGCAGUGGGAACGGGACUUGGACACAUUGUUUCCUGUCGAUGAUUGGCACAACGUCCAAGUUCUUGCACGCAUUAAAGGUCCAGAACUAAAGAAAUAACUGUUCUGGAUACUAUUUUGUUCCUGUGCGAGUGUUCCACCUCCGUUCUGGAUCCUCUGCUCAGUGCUGGUAGAGUUCUAUAGCCACGGGUCAAUCUUUGUGUCAGCCAGUAAAUCUCAUCCAUUCUUAUAUCAAAGUACUUCUGCCAAAAUAAUUCAGGAACCAUUCUAUUGGCUUUUAUCCAUCUGAUUUACCAAGGAAAUGUUCCCAAUUUAAUCCUCUAUACUGUUAUCUGCUAACUGGCAUUGGUUUACAGAUAAGGAACCCCCUCCAUGAAGUUAUACUUCUGCUCAAUCCCACUAGAACACCAUAUUUUAUAGAAACCAUGGACAUGACAACUAGUGCCGGAUCCCACAACAUGGUGUAUGUCUGCUUUCUGUUUGUGUUCACACCCGCGUUUUUAUUCCUGUAAUGUGUAUUUUGGCUGUGAGAGCGUUUAAAUCCUGCUGAGGUCGGUGGCUGAAUUAUUAACAGAAUGAAAUGACUGGUCUUUACAGCCCAUGGAACAAUUACUACGGGUGUUUGCUUUCAUAUUUAAAGGGACACAAGGGAAAAUUAUGUUUUAAAGGUUGUGUUGAAUAAAAAUAAUUUUUUUGUAAAGAAGUCAAGCAAAAUAAAGGUUCUUGUAGGAAAGUCAGCAGAAUAAACUGUAUAAAUAGUCUGCACUCGCAUACAGACCGGUCUUUAUUCUGUCCACCCACAUACAGGUCGGUCUCUAUUCUGUCCACCCACAUACACGUCGGUCUCUAUUCUGUCCACCCACAUACAGAGUGGUCUUUAUUCUGUCCACUCACAAAUAGACCGGUCUUUAUUCUGUCCACCCACAUACAAACUGGUCUUUAUUCUGUCCACCCACAUACAGGCCGGUCUCUAUUCUGUCCACCCACAUACAGGUCAGUCUCUAUUCUGUCCACCCACAUACAGAGUGGUCUUUAUUCUGUCCACUCACAUACAGACCGGUCUUUAUUCUGUCCACCCACAUACAGGCCGGUCUUUAUUCUGUCCACCCACAUACAGACCGGUCUUAUACUGCAUCCACAUACAGGUCGAUCUUUAUUCUGUCCACCCACAUACAGGUCGGUCUCUAUUCUGUGCACUCACAUACAAACUGGUCUUUAUUCUGUCCACCCACAUACAGGCCGGUCUCUAUUCUGUCCACCCACAUACAGAGUGGUCUUUAUUCUGUCCACUCACAAAUAGACCGGUCUCUAUUCUGUGCACUCAUAUACAAAUUGGUCUCUAUUCUGUCCACCCACAUACAGGCCGGGCUCUAUUCUGUCCCCUCACAUACAGACCGGCCUCUAUUUUGUGCACUCACAUACAGACCGGUCUCUAUUUUGUAUACUGUAUCUUUAUCAAUUAGCGCAUCGAUAUUCUUAUACUGCAUCCUUAUCAAAUAGCGCAUCGAUAUUCUUAUACUGCAUCCUUAUCAAAUAGCGCAUCGAUAUUCUUAUACAGCAUCUUUAUCAAAUAGCUAUCGAUAUUCUUAUACUGCAUCCUUCUCAAAUAGCUAUCGAUAUUCUUAUACUGCAUCCUUCUCAAAUAGCUAUCGAUAUUCUUAUACAGCAUCCUUAUCAAAUAGCUAUCGAUAUUCUUAUAGUGCAUCCUUCUCAAAUAGCUAUCGAUAUUCUUAUAGUGCAUCCUUAUCAAAUAGCGCAUCGAUAUUCUUAUACAGCAUCUUUAUCAAAUAGCUAUCGAUAUUCUUAUACUGCAUCCUUCUCAAAUAGCUAUCGAUAUUCUUAUACUGCAUCCUUCUCAAAUAGCUAUCGAUAUUCUUAUACAGCAUCCUUAUCAAAUAGCUAUCGAUAUUCUUAUAGUGCAUCCUUCUCAAAUAGCUAUCGAUAUUCUUAUAGUGCAUCCUUAUCAAAUAGCUAUCAAUAUUCUUAUACAGCAUCCUUCUCAAAUAGCUAUCGAUAUUCUUAUACUGCAUCCUUCUCAAAUAGCUAUCGAUAUUCUUAUACUGCAUCCUUCUCAAAUAGCUGUCGAUAUUCUUAUACAGCAUCCUUCUCAAAUAGCACAUCGAUAUUCUUAUACUGCAUCCUUCUCAAAUAG